UUGCAUCUUCUUUCUUCUCUCCAUGGUAAGCGUUGCGAUCUUUGCCCGUUGACUUUGCACUUGUGCUUCCUCUGCUCCCCCAACCCAUUUUGCAAAAGCAAAAUUUAAUAGGCUCUUCAGUCUAUUAGUGGAUGGCUGCGGACUUGGAGGUUUCAAAUAGCGUCCCUGUAUUCAGAGUCCUCUCCUGCCAGGUGCUUCUUUUUUGUUCUCUUGCAAGCUAGCGGUAGUCGUUGCUGAUAAAGUAGGUAGACGUUUGAGGUCUAAAAGUUUCCCCUUUUGAAGGGAAAAUGUGCUGCUUGCUACUCCCCUUAACACCCGGCUAUGGGUCACGGGUUUUUUCUUUCCUGCCCAACAUUUUAUUUCCUUGGCAGGAAUUCUGUAUCUUUAAGCAAAAGGGUUCAAAUUUCCUGCAAUGCAGAUCCAGUAAUAGGAAGAACUUCACUUGUUGAACUUCUGCCUGUCACACAGCUGUUAAAUGGUGCUGGAGUCCUGGAGGGGAAUAGAGGGAGGAGCAAUCCUAAUAUGCACAUAAACCUGUUUUAAAAUGCUAGUUCUUAAGACGUUUUGAUCCUAUAGACUGUGUAAGCUAUGUGUGUUGUAAGCCAGCCUGUAAAGGAGGGCUAAAAAACUCCAUACCUGAUAGGGCUAUGCUUUGUCCUUUAUUUUUUGACCACCCGCACCCCCCUCAGCUCUUGAGUGUUCUGAGGAUGCUUCCACAGAAAACAUUUACAAAUGAAUUUAAAAUGAAACCUUUCACUGCCAUUAUUAUCUUUCGUAAACUUCAUUUACAAAAGAAGUUUAAAAGUAAACAUUUGUCGGCCGUUACCAUGUGGUUGUCCUUUUGCAAAUACUGUUGGAAUUGUAUAGUGUUAUAAUGCUGGUGCAUUAGAAUACGUUUCUAUAUACAGUGGUACCUUGGUUCUCGAACUUAAUACAUUCUGGGAGUCCAUUCAACUCCCAAAACCAUUCGAAAACCAAGACAUGGCUUCCGAUUGGCUGCAGGAGCUUCCUGUGGUCAAGCAGAAGCUGUGUCGGAUGUUCGGUUUCCAAAAAACAUUUGCAAACCAGAACACUUCCUUCCGGGUUUGCGGUGUUUGGGAGCCGAUUUGUUUGGCAACUAAGCCAUUCGGGAACCAAGGUUUGACUGUAUAAUACAUUAAGAAUCCUAUUUUAAGCUGGGUGAAAGCUGAUUUUCUAAAGAGCACUGUUUCUCUUGUCCACCCUUGGGAUCUUCAUAUCUUUGUUCCUACCAACUCCACUGUUUACUCAUAGAAUCACAGAGUUGGGUUUGAACCCACAAGCCUGAGAUUGAGUCUCAUGCUCUACUGACUGAGCUAUCUUGGCAGUCUUUGAUCAAGAGUCUUGAGGCAUGAUGUGGACCAGCAUACUUGACCUAUAUAUUGGUGCUGUGGUGAUAAUCCUGUGUGUUCUUUUUCAGUGUCAAAUUUAUUUUAUGCUAUUCACAUAUAAAGGGUAUUGUGCUGCAGUUUUCAUUUUUAAAGAAACACUGAAUUAUGGCUUAGUAGUUCCAUAUAUUUUUUCCUCUCUAGCACAUGCAAGAAAAUUAAAAUAAACAGGCAUGGGGGGGUGGGGGCUGACCUGCUUCACACCCUCCUCGAGUGUUUCUGUGUGGUUAGAAUACACCCUUGACUUUUGAUAAUGCUUUUUGUUCAUUUGGAUGGAGGACAGAGGGAUAUGAGUGCAUGUACAAAUCAAACUACUGCACAAAAAUAAAAGCAACUUUUGUUGCUCCGCCCACCUUUGUUUCUGGCCCCACCCACCACUUGCUUAGAAGGGAAUGUGGCCAUUGGGCUGAAAAGCUUCACUGCUCCAGAGAAUUAAAGUCCCAGACUCCAAAGCUAAGUAUUCUCAAAAUGGCGGAUAUUGAUGUUAGAUGGUUAGCUUUGCUGGUUUUUAAGAAGAACUUAAAACCUUCUGUGGUCAACUGAGUGAUCCUGCUCUGCAGUCGCAAAGUGAGAAAGCACAUACCUUCUGGGAAUGGGGGAGUCAAACACUUGCCCCACAUAAAAAGUUAACAAAAUAAAGGUAGUAUUUCUUAGUGCUGUGCUGAUUAUAGUCUGAUCUACACAUGCUGUAGAAUGGGCUAAAGUUUGUAUCACUUCAGACUGUAGGUAGGGAAUCAUUUUUUAAAAUACAUCCUCACACAAGCAUAUCUCUGCUUGCGGGAAGGAAAUUACUGAACCACCUUGUUCGUUUUCUCCUUACAAGUAGUUAAGACACAGAGCAUUCACCCAGGGCACCACCACCCCACCGGUAGUCUGAAGUGGUACAAUCCUCUCAAACACCUUUAGGAUUUGGCAGCAUGUGCCGGCAAAGGGGAAAUGCAGUGGAUGUCCAGGACUGUCUUUCAGCAACACUGUGAGCAGCAUUUACAGUUGACAAUGAACAUGCUGUCUGGAAUGGAAAGAGAGGAUGGGUAGAAAUAACUUUCCCUCAAGAUAUAGGAGUUUGAGUGCUGGUUGAAUUAGUGGAACCUUAACUGAAGAUGUGAAGCCUGUGUGCAACAAAUGAAAGGCAUAAUGUGCAUGCAAUGAGCUAAUCAAGGGGUAAAAGAUUUUGAAAUUCUAUAACCUAAUUAGACCAAAGUAGAUUGGAAAUGUUCCUUCCUUGUUCCUCAUGGCUUAUCCACAGCAUUAGAGGUUUAGCUAGAAAUGCUGUAUUUUACUCCAGUUUAUUAAGCUGCACACUUUUAUUCCUUGUUCACAGGCACUUCAAGAAGUGGAUCAUGGCCUUAUCAGUCAGCUGUUGGUGGACUCGGAGGAAAACCUUAGUGUGUGUACAGAGAAAAUUCAAGCCUCCCCUCCAUACAACUGGAAUACUGACUGGAGCUUUUGGGUAAUUCCAUGGGUUCUCUCUGUUAUGUAUGAGUGAUCUGUAUUCCAAGACAACCUGCAUUCUAUAACAGUUUGAAUAAGCCAAUCCCUUCUUUCAGCUUGGGGAGAUUGUAAUGAUCACUGUGUGUAUGUUGACUCGAAGAGAAGUGACCUCACUAAUCUAUUUCAUACUGAGUCAUCGACAGCAGCACUGUAAGCUUGCAGGGCUUGCUUACUGAUUUAUCUUGUACAUUAACAAUCUCGAGUUAGUGGUGAGCAGUGAGGUGGCCAAGUUUGCUGAUGGUACUAAAUUGUUCAGGGUCAUUAAAACAAAAAGAGACUGCAAAGAGCUCUAAAUGGCCUCUCUAAAUUGAGGGAAUGGGCAGUAAAACGACACAUGCAAUUCGGCAUACACAAGUGUAAAGGGUUGCAUGUUGUUGUUUAGUCGUUUAGUCGUGUCCGACUCUUCGUGACCCCAUGGACCAGAGCACGCCAGGCACUCCUGUCUUCCACUGCCUCCCGCAGUUUGGUCAGACUCAUGUUUGACUCAUGUUUGUAGCUUCGAGAACACUGUCCAACCAUCUCGUCCUCUGUCGUCCCCUUCUCCUUGUGCCCUCCAUCUUUCCCAGCAUCAGGGUCUUUUCCAGGGAGCCUUCUCUUCUCAUGAGGUGGCCAAAAUAUUGGAGCCUCAGCUUCACGACCUGUCCUUCCAGUGAGCACUCAGGGCUGAUUUCCUUAAGAAUGGAUAGGUUUGAUUUUCUUGCAGUCCAUGUUUGAUCUUCUUGCAUCCAGUUUGAUCUUCUUGCAGUCCAAAGGGUUGCAUAUUGGGACACCAAAAAAUCUUCAUUUCGCGUAUAUGCUCAUGGUACUGGCUGUGCCUUACCAGAAACAGCACCUUGUGGUCACAGUAGAUAGCUCAAUGAAGAUGUCGCUCCAGUGUGCAGCAGCUGUGAAAUGGCCAAUUUUAUGCUAGGGAUCGUUAGGAAAGGACUUGAAGAUAAAAGUGUCGCUAUUAUAAUGCUGUGUUACAUAAAUCUAUGGUUCAACCGCAUAUGGAAUAUUGUGUACAGUUCUGGCUGCCUCUCCUCAAAACGGGUACUGUAAAGCUGGAGAAGGUUCAGAAAAGGGAAUCCGAAAGGAUCAGCCGGAUGGAGCGAUACUCCUAUGAGGCAAAGUUGAAGUGUUUGGGACUUCUUAGUUCAGAAAAAAGGUAAGUAACAGGUGACAUGGUAGAAGUUUAUACAAAUAUGCGUGGCAUGGAGGAAGCUGCUAGAGAAAAGUUUUUCUCCCUCUUAACACUAGAACUUGUAGACAUCUAUUGAAGCUGAAUGGUGGAAGGUUCAAGACAGAUAAAAGAAAGUACUUCACACAGCACAUGGUCAAACUAGGGAACUUGCUCCCACAGGAGGCAGUGAUGACUACCAAAGAGAAUUAGACAAAUUCAUGGAAGAUGAGGCUAUCAAUAGCUUCUAGCCCUGAUGGCUGUGCUUUGGAUCCAUAGCUGGGUACAGUAAUGCUUCUGAACUCCACUUGCUGGAGGGGAGAAUACUCUGAUCCUGCUUGUGAGCUUCCCGUGGGCAUCUGGUUGGUCACUGUGGGAACAGGAAGCUGAACUUGAUGGACCAUUGGCCUGAUCCUGCAGGCUCUUCCUAAGUUCUUAAGAAUAUGGAAGAUUCAUAAGGCCUCUCUUGAAUACCUUUUUAUGCUGACAGGCCUUUGCGGCUGUUGGAUUAACUAAUCACUUAUUUGUAUUGUUUUUUCAAGGUACUUUAUGUUUUAUCAUGGUACACCACAGUGAUAUUUUAUGAUAUGGUGGUAUGAAAAUACUUUUAUAAAUAAAUAAGUACACUCCAGUGCUGUGCCACUGGGCUUUAUUCAGCAGUUGCAGUUGCUGCUGAUUAAGAAACAAAACUACAGGGCUGUGUGAUUGGUUUUGUAGGUGUACAAAGCCAGGGAAGUGGGGUCGCUGACCCAGGCUGCGAACCUGGUCAGGGGAAUCAUAGAACUGUAGAGCUGGGACUUGGAAGGGACCCAGAUGUAGGAAUCUUUUACCCAACGUGGGGCUCGAACCCACAACCUUGAGAUUAGAGUCUCAUGCUGUAUUGACUAAGCUAUGCAGAGGGAGGAAGGGGGCUUUAACCCUUUUCUCUUAGUGCAUCCUUAAUUUGGGAUUGGGGAGGCACACGGAAAGGAACGAUUCUAUUCACACCAAUAAAAACUUCUAGUACAAACAGCAGGUGGAAGUGAUCUGCUUAGAAGCACAGGGGGCAAAGGGUUAAAGUUCCUGGAUCCCAGACUGGAUUGGUCACUGUACCUGAUGUUUACACUUAAAAGCUAUUCACCCAACUGCUAAUUUUGUGAAUGGUGUCAUGUUUAGUUUGGCCUAAGAAGUCAUAAUUUCUAAGUGGCUUAAGUCUACAGGCUAAAAAUCUCUCUGUAUUAAAAUCCAUUCUACCUGUAAACUGUGAAACAGGGGAGUCCGAUCACUUGCUCACCUGCUCCAGGCAUGGAAGCAUUAUCUGAGCCAUCCUUGAUUACAAUUUUAAAUUAUUAAUCAUACUCUUGGCAUAGGAAAUUUGAGUCAGAAGUUAAAUACCCGAGCUGAUGAAGUGAAUCAGCUGCUGAGCUGAGAUCUUUCGUCGCGUGCUAGAUCCUCAGCAUCACACAGCAUUCCCUCAGCUGGAAUCUCCUCACCUGAGAUCCACAGAUGAAGGGCAGUAUACAAAUUUAAUAAAUAAAUAUUUAAAUAAAUGGCUAGUAGUGGAAACGUCAAAUUUUGCUCUACAGAUCUUAAAUCCAUUAUACUAGAGUUUAGCAAAACCAUUAUUUCUUGCUUCUGUGAAUUUCUGGUGGAGCCUUGAAGCUCUGAACAUUAGGCAUCAAACUGUGGCGGCAAUCCUAAACGUACUUAUGAGUACCCAUACUUAUGAGGCCCGUUGAACACAUCAGCCUUUUCUGAGUUGUUCUUCCCUGAUAGUCUUACAAUUGUGUGAUGGGAGAAUGAGACCAUGCCCCACCCCUGCUAUUGUGUAUUCAUUGGCCCUUCCUAUUCACCAACCACAUGCUGUGGGGGAAAGUCUGAAGUAGAGGGCCUGCUGCAAGUGCCCAGCUUCCCUGUGCAAUUGGGGCUGCAAUCACAUGGUGGUUUAUUCUGUUUUCACAACUUCUCCCUAACUGUUAAGUUCCACGUUAUAUCUGAGCGUUCACACGGCAUUGAAGUCUCUUCUGGACCUAUAGUGGAAUAUAGUGCAAGUUUAGUGUGUUAUUUACUUAUAAUAAAUAACUGAAGAACUGUUUGCAAAUAAUAUGGAAAUGAGUGGUAAACUUGCGUUAUAUUCCACUGUAGUUCUGGAAGUGGGUUUUACAUCAUGAGAGAGCUCAAACAUAAUGUGGAAAUUGACAGGGAAACGUGAAAAUGAAAUAGACUGCUAUGUGAAUGCAGCCUUAGAAGGGUGAUCAUGCAGGGUUCCGAAUCAUGGGAGUCUACAUUCAUAUUGUAGCUCCUUACUUCAAACCUUCAAACAUGUGGGGGACAGGACUAGUAAGAAGACAAUAGAGAGCAGGGCCAUAUCAGGGGCGGGGCCACUGUGUGGGCAGACUUGUGAAUGUGGCUCCUCUACACAUGUUUAUUAUUGCAUGCAAGUACAGUGCUUGAAAAGAACUACUACUACUACUACUAAUAAUAAUUUUUUAUUUAUAUCCCGCCCUCCCCAGCCGAAGAUUGGCUUCUGAGUAAAUAAGCAUAGGAUUCUAUCGUUGGUGUGAUUUCAUUCUAAUUAAAAGUGGUUUGGGUUGACACACAUCAGAGAGACCACAUCAAUUGUUCUAUUCCUUUUUCUUUUUCAAAAAAUGCUCUAAAGGGUGGUAAACAUGCAAAUUUAGGACAAGGAACUGAGAUUUAAGUUUCAUUUCUGUAUGCUUGCCAAUAGUGAUUCUUGAGGCCAACUAGCAGGAAACAGAUUUCUGCAGGGAAUGUUGUUUUCGGCUAAUCUGUAUAAUGAUGUAGAAAGGUAGGACGCAAUUGUUAAUUAAGCCUUAGUUGUUGGGCUGUGAAUAUUUCCAUGAAGCUGUAAUUGCACCUCUAGAGACCUUUUUUUUAUUGUGGUUAAACCCAAGUAAGAAGAGAGCCUGGAUUCUCACAGAUUUUCCCCCAGGGCUGUUGGUUUCGACUAGAUGUUGCUGGGAAACUUUGCUUGUAAAUUCACUAAUGUUACUUAGAGAGAAGCAGUGUAGAUUUCAAUAAUACUAUUUUAGCAAAAAUAUCAAAUACCAAAAUUCCUUGUAAAAUCUUGAAAAGAGUUAUCAUUGAUAAAAACAGAAAACAUUUAGAAUAAAGGUUGAAGGAUGUGCUUACAAGUCCAAAAGUCCACUUUCCCUUUGGUGGCUUUCAUGAUGAUCAGCUGUUGAGCCUGACUCUUUUGUAAUGUUUCUCUGUUUUUAAUGAGUGAUUGUAAUGUUUAUAUCCAUAAGCCACCCUGUGUAGUGCAUUUACACUAGAAGGGUGUGAUAAUAAUGCCUUAAAAUGCAUUUAAAUGCUUGUAUGCAAUAGGGGCCACAAAUUUUCUAGUAUUAAAAUAUUUAUAAAACAGUUAAAUGAGAACAUCCAUCACGGAUGCAUUAGUUGAGAUCCCUGUAUUGUAGGGGGUUGGAUUAGAUCAGGCAUAGGCAAACUCGGCCCUCCAGAUGUUUUGGGACUACAACUCCCAUCAUCCCUGACCACUGGUCCUGUUAGGGAUGAUGGAAGUUGUAGUCCCGAAACAUCUGGAGGGCCGAGUUUGCCUAUGCCUGGACUAGAUGACCCUCUGGAUCCCUUCCAACACUAUGAUUCUAUGAAAGGUGGGUUAGUAACUUGUGGAUUUUGCAAAUCUGGCUUUCAUGGUGGGAGACAAAGAGUUGGAAAGGUGAAGCUGAGUAGCUCUCCUUGUGCUGCGUAUGGUUGGUUCAUGAUGCCCAGUCAUUUCACAAAAUUAAGCAUAGUAUGGUAGUCCAAAACAUCUGUAGAGCCAUCAUGUUGGGGAAGGCUGCUGUAGGAGGCGCAUGAGCCAGAACAGGUGGCAACAUACCUCACUUAACACAUUAAGCACUGUAACCCACUGUAAUUGUAGUGCACUGUCAUUUUCUGUCAUGUUUUGCUGUGCUAAUUAGGUGUCUCAGGAACACCUGGCAGGGUUAUUCACAGCUGACUGCGACCUGUUCUUGCAUCCUGAUUCAUAACAAACACGUGAAUGAUAUAAUUGCUGGCAGCAUGCUCUCAAAUGUUUAAAACAGUUGACUUUUAACACCCUGCCAAACAGUGAUCUGGCAUCUUAGGAUAAGCACAGAUCUUCCCAAGUGUACUCCUGGUCAUAUAGUUAAGGGAGCUGUGAAAACAACAACAAAACCGUACCUCUAAACCCACCGGACCAUGUUUCUAAACGUUGGCAUGCUUGCCACAACACACACCUCAGCCCCAUACAAUGGAAUAUUCUCCCAGUGGAUUUGAUGCUGAUUUGCCCUUAGAGGAUAUACUCUUCUUUUGAAGGUAGGUUCUAUCAGACUUUCCAAGAUUACUUAGUUUAAAAAAUCAAAAGACGUUAGGGUUUAUCUGUGACUAGUUUUCUAUGUGCAUGGGUCUUUUUGUUUGUGGGCAGAAAAGCCUAAAUUAAUCUGAGCUUCUACCUAUUAAUGAAGUGGCAUAGACAUAGUUUUAGCACCUCAACAAGAACUAAGUUGAAGAGUAUAGAAGAAUUUUAAAGUUAUUAGAUACUUGUUUUGAGUCUGACUGGAUUGAACCACUAGCUAUAUCUGGUGUGUGUGUCCCCUAUUCAGACUGCUUUUUUAACAGUGCUGUAUGCCUAGCUGCUGCUGCUGUUUGUUUUUCCUAGCAAGCAUUAUAUGAAAGUUGAAAGGCAUCCAUCCUAUUAGUUCAGUUGGGGUUUUUUGUCACAUUGUCUUCUAGUCCAGUGUGUACUUUGAGACAAGAGCAUCCAAUAUCUUAUGGGCUUGGGUUGGGUAACCCUUUCCCCCUGGGUUUCUUCUUCUGCGCAAUGCAGGAGAAAAACUGUACCCUCCCACCUUGCAUACUGGGUGUGUCUGCCCUGCAGGCUAUACAUGCACAGCUAUAAUGUUUAAAUAUAACAAAGCACUUGUUAGAAUUCAGCGUGUGAAGGCCAGCUGAGUUCCCUCAUACAUUAUGAGGAUUGACUAUGCAAUUUGGACCAACACACCUUUUCCCCCUGCUAACAUUACACCCACAUGUGGAUAUCUAGGUUAGGUGAUUUGAGAAGGAAGGAGGAAUCCUGACUUCCAGCACAAAUACAAAGAUGAUCAGAAAGCAUCACCUGAGUGGAACUGCAUUUUGUGAAGUUUGUUGGAACAGCCUUAUUCUAUCCAUGUUUCCUCAAAACAAGUCUCGCCGAGUUUGGUGGGGCUGACUCACCUCUGACUCUAUAGAACUGCACCUAAGUCAGGAUCAGUACUUGGGGAAAUCUCACCAAAUUCACUGUGUGACGUGUCUCUUUGUCAGAUGCUGUGGGAGACAGUGGUCAAAGAGUUGCAAACAACACUUCAUAUGGCUCUGGGCAUAUAAAGGACAAAUAGCUGCAGAGGGCUUAUAUUUCUGAGGUUUAAUGGGAAUACAAAAGAAUGGGCAAUAAUGUAUUUCUCAGAAUACAUUUACAGUACAUGGCUCAAUAAUACAGAGGAAGUCACUCCCCCAAAUAAGCAAGCAUGGCAUGGGUACAGGAGAAUAUUGCACAAAUGCUGCUCAUUGACUUCUGCUGGGUCUGUUCUGACCCCUCUAGUAUAUCUGGGACAUUGGAGAGAGCUUACCUCUGGAUGUUAUGUGUCUUGUGGUGAUUUAAUUCCCAUCCUAAACCUACAAGAUGUCAGACAGACAGAUACACACACACACACAAACAUACACACGUAUAUAAGUAUGUAUGUAAAGGGACCCCUGACCAUUAGGUCCAGUCGUGGACGACUGGUGUUGCGAUGCUCAUCUCGCUUUAUUGGCCGAGGGAGCCGGCGUACAACUUCCGGGUCAUGUGGCCAGCAUGACUAAGCCGCUUCUGGCAAAUCAGAGCAGCGCACGGAAACGCCGUUUACCUUCCUGCCGGAGUGGUACCUAUUUAUCUACUUGCACUUUGACGUGCUUUCGAACUGCUAGGUUGGCAGGACCAGGGACUGAGCAACGGGAGCUCACCCCGUCGCGGGGAUUUGAAUGGCCAACUUUCUGAUCGGCAAGUCCUAGGCUCUGUGGUUUAGACCAUAGUGCCACCCGCAUCCCAUAUAAAUAUUAUGUGUGUGUGUGUGUGUGUGUGUGUGUGUGUGUGUGAUCCAGAAUUGCCUUAAUUCCUGCUACAUAAACCAUGGUGAAAAUAAAGCCAAGAAAACUAAAGCAAUUGUUUUAGAUUCAGUUCAGAUAAUACUCAUACAUAAAAGCGUCAACAACAAAAUAACCCACUCCUAAGUAUUUAAGAGUUUUAUGCUGCCAGGCAACGAUGAAAAACAUCUUAGAUGUGGGUUCUUUGUGCUUUUGCUUUUAAGCACAUUUGAGGGUAUGAUCUCAAUUAAAUGUUAAAAAUAAUUGCUACAGUAUAGGCGGUUGGCAUAAUUUGAGUUGGUUUUAUUUUCACCAUAGCGUCUGUACUUGGCAUGAAUAGGUAGCCCAUUGCCCUGCAAAAUAUAAGUGCACAGCUUUUUAAGUUGUUGUGUGCCAUGUGGUUAUUGUUUCUGUAUAUCAAGUGAAGGAACUUUCUAAAACAGGAAACAACAUUUUCUAGUCUUCUUAAAUAACUGUUUUCUUUGGCUUGCAAUAAAUAUAUAUAUAUAUUUUAAAGCAUUUUUGCUUUUUCCCCUUAAAAAAACCCCUAAUUUAUGAGAAACAGAAACCUUAUUUCUUCAGAGCUAGAGAAGCUUUAUGAAAAUCAUGGUGCAAAUUACGAGGGUGGCGGAAGCAAGGAGAUUCUGUACAUGAUUAGAUCACAGCGGAAGUAUGAUCAGCCGCCCUGUCAUAACACCAGUGCUGCCAGUGUGGAGCACUGGGUAUUGAGGCCUAGAUGAGUCAUGUUAGAAACACUAUUUUCAGAUGCCUUCUAUCACCUUCCCAAUCAGGAGGGAAGUGAUUGUUAAGUAUUUACAGAUGUGGUUAAGAGUCAAAAUACGGAUAAGGCAGGAUGCAGAUUUAUUGAAAAGCUCCUUUACAUGUCUCUGUGUGUUCAUCCAUACUUUGGUUUGGGAGGCUGUUGAAGGAUUGCUUUACUUAUCUGGAAGAACUAGUUUCUGGGAUUUACUUGAGUAACUGAACCUUAUACAAAAUACAUAUGUGGCCUGGUACUCUUUGCCACUCAGCAUCAUAUGAAAAAACAGCUAAUAUGUGAAAAGAAUUAUAUCUCAGGCAAGUAUAAGGCUUCAGAAAUGUAUUUCCUUUUUCUACCAAUGAAAAGUCGUAUCCUCCAUCAUGGAGGGCACGUGUUGCAGUGAGAUCACUGUAAGCUCCCUCCCUGUUGUGGGGUGGGACCGUUUGGAUGGCCACAACACCCCAUUGGUUGCCUCUCUGUUGCUGGGGCAGAAAUUUGGCUGGUUGGGAUGGCUAUUGGCUGCUGAGGGGCUAUUUAGGCUGCUGCACGUCGCUGGAAAGCUUCUCUUUCUUGCGACGUGCAGCGGAUCAGCCUCCCUCCUCUCCCUAUAUUUAGGGUUGUUCUUUUGGCCUUGCUAUGCCUGUCUAGGGGUCGUCUGUUUUGGAGUAGGGGCCUGGUAGGAAUUUUGCCAUUUGGCUGAUUGGUUGGUGCCACUUGGUUUUUGCCUACUGUGUAUCAAAUCGUCACAACUUUGUAAAGUUGGUGGUUAGGCAUUUGGUUCAAUGUUUUGCGGAGGGGACGUGGUUGGCUGUGCCUGCCCCUCCAUUGCUGCUGCUAGGGAAUUCCGUUAAAGGAAUCCAGGGGCUCACCUUGCCUUUGUCCGAACCCUGUCAAGGGGCUAGGGCCACGCCAGACCCCCUGGGAGCAUCUGGGGUGAGCUGUGAGAUCGAAGCCAGCUUCUCACUGCUCCAAGAUGCUUUCCCUUACUGACAUAUGGUGGUGCCCAGUGUCAGUCCUGUUCCUGCCACUGUGCAGGUUCAGGUAGUCUGGAACCAAUGCCUAAGCAACCGCUCAGAUGCUGUAAUCAAUAAAGUUGUGGCCAAAAUUAAUGUCAAAAACCUUAAACUAAAAUCUGUGUCUAUUGUGUCUUUAUUUUAGGGGUGGUUUUCGGGGUCUUCACACGCAAUUGCUUUGACAGGUAUAGUCAGGUACAGUGUUAGAUUUGAAAGCUAGGAGCUAAAUGGCACUUUAAACCUAGGUUAUGGGCGCAACAACAGAACAUCCAGGUGCACUUUUACUGCAUUAUUGUAUGUUAUUUUCACUUACAUACUCAUUUUUAUGCACAGUUUUAUGCAUGUUUGUAAAUAAGGGUUGGCUGGAGAACUGUAUUUCAAAAUUUGCACAUUUUGAAGGAUGGCUGCCUUUCAGUUCUCACAUGGUUUCAGGAAGUGGGACUUUAAAUGCAAACUGAAUCAAAUUUCUCCCCCAACCCUAAGCAGCAGUCACCUGGCCUCCUCCUCUACUCCCCAUAACAUCAACCCCUGGAAAUGGUUAUAAGUGACAGUUAUGGUUUCUCACCACCACCACCAAGCCAACAGACUACCCAUCUCUUCACAGUGGCUCCAAGAGGCAGAAAGGAGAGAGGGAGUCUGCUGUUUUGGCAAUAUUUUCUUAUUACAGUACCAUAGAGCUUGGGGAAUGGGAAGAUAGAUGAACUAUUGUUCCUAAUUCCUCUUCUGCUGUUCCUCUUCUAUAUCCUUUACUCUGAGAGCUGUCAUAGCAAGAAGGCUAUGAAGCUGUGUCGGCCAUAGUAGUUAUGGUGCCAUGAGGAUUUUGGCCAAUUAUGGUAGUGCCCUGUCCUUGUAAGCCACUAAUUCUUAACAGGGACCAAAUUUGGAACUGAGGAAGAGUCAGCAGCACUGGCUCUGCCCAUUCAGCUCUCAUGUGAAUGAAGGCACAGGCAACAUUACUUUUAUUUCUUACUUCCCAGCUGUGAACAGCAUCUUACGUUUCCCAUUAUCCACGUAAGCUGUUUACUCCUACGGUCAAACUACACAUUAUGCUUAAUGUAUACCAUGCAGCUAUGUUUCAUCCUUUUCUUAAAUUCAGUACAGAUGUGUGUAUGUGUAUUGCCCAUUGUUAUUGGGAUUGUGCAUUGGGAAGGAAGAGUUCAUUCCCAUUGGUGAGAAAGUAUGUUUGAGCACUGUGCCACAGUCCUAAGACUGUUCCAGUCAUGCAAAUUCCCUGUUUGUGUUGACAAUCCCAGAAGGGGAAAACAAAAAUCUAGUCAAGUGAAUUUGCUUUGGGGCAUGAUUGAAAAAUUAAGUGUGAAUGCACCUUUUAAAAUUCCAGGAGCAUACUGGUCCUUUGCUGACAUCCUACCUUCUUUGUAAUUGAACUGACUGACUGGAUUGGUAUGCAGACUUUAAGAUCUCUGCAUGAUGGAGAAUUCUUAAAAGAACGGAGUGUUGAUUUCUGUCUUGAUAAGCAAGAUGUUGAGCUGUUGCAUGGACAAAAAGAAACUAGAUGAAAUUGUUAUGAAACAUUUAUUGACUGGCAAGGAUUUAUUUAUUAAGAGAUUUUUAAACCUCCUCCCACAGCAGUCUCAAGGCUGUUAAAUUUUUUGUUACACACCACCCCAAUCUCAGAGUUGUGCGACGUUCCAGGUGUGCUUACCCAGGGUUUGUGUUUGCUUCUGGAAAUGAGGUGCAGCACAGACUCUGGUGUCUUUAUGAUAUAUGGUUUAUUUACACACAUAUACAACCUGAGCCUAUGACGGAAGGGUUCUCAACAUUACACUCCAAGAGGGUCUUGCUUCUCCCAUAGGCAUAGCCCUGGAUUCAAACAGACAUCUGCCAUGGUUGGGCCCGCCUGCAGCUUUUCUUUAGCUUCUAGAUCACAUAACUCAUUUGUCACGGCUCUGAACCCUAAAUGUCUAACCUAAAGUACUUGGCUUCAUCUCUUGAAGAAGAGGGGCCUCACCCAUUUGAUGUCUCACACCACAUAGAGUUCCUUUGAUCCUCUGUAGUCUUAUUAAUGGCCCACCAGCCCAGGCAAUUUCCUUACAAUGAAGUUAGCCAGCUUAAUUAACCUUUCAACACUUGUCUUAAUUACAGUUUCUUUUCCACUUUUUAAUCCCAAUCUUUAAUUUAAUAAAAUGUUAAAAUAUAUAACUUCAACUUUUUAAACCUAAUCCUUGAUCUUAAUAUCAUAUAACUUUAAAAUUUUCCCUUUUAAUAUCAAAUUUCCAUUUCUUUAAACAUCUUUAAUCUUGAUCUUUAAUCUUAAUCUAUCGUUAACUUUAACCUGUGCAUCUGGAAACCACUUACUUUCAGUCCAACAUCCCUUUAACAUUCCUUAAUUUUGCAAUGUUUCUGAAGAUAGUCUUUGAAUUUCUUCCAGUCUUCCUCCAUCGACUCUUCUCCCUGGUCACGGAUUCUACCAGUCAUUUCCGCCAAUUCCAUAUAGUCCAUAAGUUUCAUCUGCCAUUUCUCCAGCGUGGGAAGUUCUUGUGUCUUCCAAUACUUUGCGAUGAGUAUUCUUGCUGCUGUUGUUGCAUACAUAAAGAAAGUUCUAUCCUUUUUUAACACCAUUUGGCCGACUAAGCCCAGGAGAAAGGCCUCUGGUUUCUUAGGGAAGGUAUACUUAAAUACCUUUUUUAAUUCAUUAUAUAUCAUUUCCCAGAAAGCCUUAAUCUUUGGGCACGUCCACCAAAGGUGAAAAAUGUACCUUCAGUUUCUUUACAUUUCCAACAUUUGUUAUCGGGCAAGUGAUAGAUUUUCGCAAGCUUGACUGGGGUUAUGUACCACCUGUAUAUCAUUUUCAUAAUAUUCUGUCUUAAGGCAUUACAUGCCGUAAAUUUCAUACCUGUGGUCCAUAACUGUUCCCAGUCAGCAAACAUAAUGUUAUGUCCAACGUCCUGUGCCCAUUUAAUCAUAGCCGAUUUUACCGUUUCAUCUUGAGUAUUCCAUUUCAGCAGCAAGUUAUACAUUCUUGACAAAUUCUUAGUCUUGGGUUCUAGCAAUUCUAUUUCUAAUUUGGAUCUUUCCACCUGGAAGCCAAUUUUCCUGUCCAAUUUAAAUGCCUCCAUUAUCUGAUAAUAAUGAAGCCAGUCUCGCACUUUGUUUUUUAGUUUUUCAAUACUCUGCAAUUUCAGUCUAUCUCCGUCUUGUUCCAAAAUUUCCCAAUAUUUCGGCCAUUUGACCUCCAUAUUGACCUUUUCAAGGCUUUCGCUUCCAUUGGUGACAGCCACCUUGGGGUUUUGUUUUCUAACAAAUCCUUAUAUCUUAUCCAAACAUUAAACAGCGCUUUCCUGACAAUGUGGUUUUUAAAUGCUUUAUGUGCUUUGACCUUAUCAUACCAUAAAUAUGCAUGCCAUCCAAAUACAUUAUUAAAACCUUCUAGGUCCAAAAUGUCAGUGUUUUCAAGAAGUAGCCAUUCUUUCAACCAGCAAAAAGCUGCUGAUUCAUAGUAAAGUUUGAGGUCUGGCAGGGCAAAUCCACCUCUUUCCUUUGCAUCCGUUAGUAUUUUAAAUUUUAUUCUGGGUUUCUUGCCCUGCCAGACAAAUUUAGAAAUAUCUUUCUGCCACCUCUUGAAACAAUCCAUUUUGUCCACGAUCUGCAAAGUUUGAAACAAAAACAACAUUCUAGGCAAUACAUUCAUUUUUAUCGCAGCAAUACGGCCUAGCAGUGAAAGCUUCAAAUUUGACCAAAUUUCUAAAUCUUUUUCACUUCUGACCAACAUUUUUCAUAGUUAUCUUUAAAUAAAUUCCCAUUUUUUGCUGUCAUGUUAAUCCCCAGGUAUUUAACUUUCUUAACCACUGUUAACCCUGUCUCAUUCUGAAACCUCUCUCUUUCAAACGGUGUUAAAUUUUUCUCUAGAACCUUGGUUUUUGACUUGUUCAAUUUAAAUCCUGCCACUUGACCAAAUUCUUGAAUCCGUUCUAAAACCCUUUUAGUACUAGAUUCUGGCUCCUGUAACGUCAAUACUAAGUCAUCUGCAAAUGCUCUCAAUUUAUAGUGUUUAGUUCCGACCUGUAUACCUUUAACCAUCUGGUCCCUUCUAAUCAUAUUCAGCAGAACCUCCAGGACCCAACACUUGACUUAAUUAAAGGAUUAACAGUGUCUAGCACAUCUUAAUGCACAGGGUCUGACUUAACAUACCUAGUCUUAACACUCCAAGCACUGAUUAAAUUCUAACACCUACUGGACCCGAAUCACAUGACUGGACAUGGUUUGAAAGAAAUAUGUGCUCUCCCAAGCCCACAUCCCCAUCAGAAAUGACAAAGGAGGCCAUGUACCCAUCCUCAAAUUUUGUCAUGAAAAUUGGUAGAUACGUGGAGACACCUUUUAGUAGAAACAUUAAGAGGUCUGUAUUUCUUGCAUUGGACAUGCCAAAAAGCCAUGGAGGUUAUUUCUAUUGGUAUAAAUGAUAAAGCCCCACAUUACUACUGUUCUGGAUUUGUCUAAAAAUUUUCUAAAAAUGUUCCAGAUCUUCUAAACCUUUGGAAACCUUUAUAUUGUGGGGUUAUAUUUUCUGCAGUUGCCAGGUUCCAUACAUCUUUAUGCCACAAAUAUAUUUUCAGGCAUUCUGCUCUGGAUAGCCUAGCAGCUGUCAGCAGCCAUAUUGCCAUUUCUUUAGAUUGUAAUUUUUGAGAUUUACCAGAUUGAUCAUUGAGGCUGGGAACAUUGCAGUGCACACUAGUCUAACUGUUUAGUAGAAUACCACCCAUCCUUUUUUCUUCCCCUAUCUGUGUGUUGUGUGGGCAAUUUUUUUUAAUGUGUCUACGAUUCAGUGACUUGGAGCCAGGGUUUCUAAGAUACUCUGCAAUGUGACCCUGAAUGGUUUGUUUCUCUUGUGUACCUGGUGAAGUAAUACCAUUCUCUUAACUACUACUGUGUUUAGUUAAUCUGAAUCGUAACAAAAAUGAUUACUGAUGUUGUGUCAUCUGGCAUAAAUGUUUCUGAAAAUUAGUUUAUUUGAUUCUACUGGGAAUGUUUUCCUGGUCUGAUUGAAGGCAAAAAAAUCUCACCUGCCCAAACACUGCACAGUUAAUCUGAUUUUUUUCAAAAUCUUUCUCCUUCAGCCUCUACAAGUAACAGGGGGGCUGAGCCAAAGACUGGGACAUAAUCACACUAAUGCCCAGGCCUCUGUCUGCCAUUAGCCCUCUGGAAGAGAGCCCUCUGCUUAGGAGACUAUCCUCUCCAGAGCAGCUCAGGGGAAAUGAAGAGGAACAGAAAAUGCAUGUAAGUAGAACACACAGGCCUGGUUCUUCUAAAGCUUGAAGGAUAGAGAUGUUUCGAUUCAGCUGAUUCUCAUCUGGAUGUGCAGCUGGCUCCAGCGAAAAAACAUUUUAUCUGAGGUGAAGUUGAAGCUCUUUUUAUAAAUGGUGGAUCUGCGACGGCUCAUUCACACACCUUGAUGUUGUGGUCACGAAAUGACGGCCAUGCAUAUAUUAAGAGGGUGGCGUAUAUGUGUGCAUCAGCAAUAUCUUUGCACAUUUAACAACACCUAUUUUCUAGACUAAACAGUACUAAAUUUGGUGAAAGAGCCACAUGACCUAUGAAAGUUAAGUAUCUUAAACUUUCUUUCUUGAAUGAGAGACGGAAGGAGAGUAAGCAAGUGAGAAGCUCUGCUAGGGCUCUCUAGGUUUAGGUGUUGAUUCUGAGAGCAAUAAACACACCUGCAAAUAAUGCAGAGUGCUCACGCUCCUGUAGAAUUUUUACGUUAAUAAAAGGUAAUAGGAAAGCUGCAGCAUGUGAGAGAGAGAAAGCAGGCGUGAGCUGUGUUCACAUGUAAAAAUAAACCAUGGCUUGGUAUUAUGAGGAUGAGCCACAAGGAGCUUUGGGCUCACAUGCUCUCCCCUUCCUUCGCCAGCAGAGGUGUACUUAGGGUUGGCAAAACUGCCCUCCACGUGGACACACACACACCACCUAUCAGACUUUGGAGUGUAGGACAUAUAGGUGUUGUGGUGAGAUAAAACGUGGAAGAAGCUUCCCGCCCUUGCGGUAAAAUUAUUAUUAUUUUUUUGCAGAGGGUGCCAAUGCAACUUCUUGCCACAAAGGCACAAGGGACCCUAAGUAUGCCUUUGUCCACCACCACAGUGGCAAGAAGGAGUUUGGAAACUGAAUGCUGCUUUGUGGUGAUGUCUGAACCCAGACAAACUACAGUUAGUCCUAACUGUGAUGAGUAGAAGCAAGCCAGCUUCAAACAAUAGGUUAUGAAGGUGACAUAUAUUUACGGUUAACCACACUUUACUGUUCAGACAUAACACUAAACCAUGGUUAAUGUGAACCAGUAGUAGUAGCUUCCAAUUUAAUGGUUGCACUGGAAGGGGCUCAGGGAGGGGGUGUGCACUUGUGCAAGGAUUGGAGUCAAACUAGAUUUGAUGCAAGAGAUUGUCCGUGGAGAGAACCAUAGAGCGCAUGCUUUGCACCCAGAAGGUCACAAGCUUAUACCUUAGCAUCUUUAUGGACAGCAACUGUCAUUCAAAGUCAUAGUGCCUCUGAAAGCAUACAGAGAACAUAGACAUUCUUCUCAUCUUUUAAAGGCAACAAAGUUGGUGGCCAUCUCUCCCUCUUGUGGGAGUGGAUGCUAUAGUCCCAACUAAGCGCUGUAUGAAGAAGUUACCCUUCCUUUUGCUGUUUUCCUGACUUUAAUCGCUUUAAUUCCAACUGAAGCAGAGUAUCUUAAUUUUCCUUCCACCACAAACAUGCCUUUUGUACUAAAAUAUCAUUAUGCCUGGAAAAAGCAGCAUGUGGAUUAUGCUGAUGAAUACAAGACACAAGAUAAAAAGCUUUACGUAUUUAAGAUCCUACACAUUCCACUGCUUUUUCCACUGUUUUAAGCUAUAUAUCUUUUCUCUUUGUCUUAGACGUCAUAUCUUCUGCUUAGAAACAAUUGCAUUUUUGGUAGUCUUUGUUCAGUUUAUGGGGAAACAGUCAUAGAUUUAUACACCUGCAAGUGGUUUGUAGACGAGGCCUGGUGUGAUUUAGCAGUGCUGAGGCUCAAGAGAUUUAGUUUGUGCAGUUUUAGCUUUGAAAAGACUCCCCUGGAGUGCUGAUUUUUAGCAGUGUUGCUUUGGCCUGAGUAUUGUGAUAAUCUAAGCGUGCUUGCAGAAGUUUUUUGUUUACCCAGGGGCAAUUACGGUGAAUCGGCUUGCUAGUGGAUAAAUCCUCUUCAGUGUUCCAAAGGGAGCUUAAAGAACUCUAAAAUGAUGUAUAUCUCACACGAUGACCUGCAAGAAUGAACAGAAUACAUGUAGCAUCUAUAUUAAUCCUCUGCACUAUUAAACAUAGAAGAAAAUUAGUAGGUCCUGGCUAGUGUUUGCCACUUAUUCUGUGAGAUUUCUGGCUGAAUUGAUUAAAGCAGGGUGGGUGGGAUUUGUGGCCCUCCAGGUAUUGAACCUCAGUUCCCAUCAGUCCUAGCCAGCAGGUUCCUAAGGUGAGGGAUGCUGGUAAUUUCAGUCCAGCAUCAUCCACAGGUUCUCCACUUCUACAUUAAAGAUGUUGGGUGGAAUUCAAAGUAGCUGUUAGAAGAUUGCUCCAUCCGUGCAAGUAUUUCUGCUUGGCUGUUUGGAACACUCUCCCCUCUCCCCCCACCCCAACAUGCUGUUUUGGGUGUUCUCCUGACACACACAUCCCGAGCUGGGAAGAGGGAAAGCCUUAUUGCACUAGUGGGACUUGCUGUGCUGGUUUCUAACAGCACAACUAUUUAGUUGAAUCUUGCCCAUCAUUUUGCACCAAUAUUCUGAAACAGCUUAGCUUAAGGAAGGGGUGGGGGAAGAACUAGGUAAAAGGUAAAGCUGGGGUGUUGGAUCCAGAACUGGGCCAUACGCUUUAGACCAUUUUGAAAGCAAGGUGAGGACCACCCGCCUGUUAAUUACGGAUGUCGUAUAAAUCAUAUGAUGCCAGGUGACUCUAAAGUUCAAAGCCAUGGUAGCAGGCACAGGCACAUCUCCAAUGUUUGUUCUAAAGUCCCACAUCUCUGAGAUCAGAGGUAAACCUCUGCUUUUUCUUUUAUAUUAAAAAAGCAGUAGUAGAAGCUUAUAUUAAUUGGAUAUAAGUCUUUGCCAGUUGUCUUUUAGGUAGAGAUAGAGGCUUUUUGUACCUUUGGCUUUUUUCUUGUUUGCAUCUUCUAAAAAAACCAGGCAGAGGCUUAUCUCCGAUCUUACCGCUGUGGUCUCACGGUGCCAAGACUAAAGAUAUGAGUUCCCUUAUUGCUUACUUUAGCACUUUGUGCUUAUGGAAAUAGCAGAUCUCAGUGCCUGAUGUCAUAUGAUACCACGUGACUGGCAGCUGGGUGCAGUUUGCCCAGAAUGGCCUUGCGGGUCAAAUCCAGAGGCCUAGUCUUUGGGCCAGAGCUUCCCCAUGCUAGGGCACAAGAAAGGGAAGGACACUAGUUAGGUCCUCAUGGAAUGUCAUUUUCUGCCAGGGGCUGAGCUGCCGCUUCCAGAAUCCCAAGUGAGGUUGCACAUGCUAUUUCUACCAGUGAAGGCCUCUAUGACCUCUUCUUAUGCUACCUUGGAAAUGUGAGAGUUGCUACAGCACAGCUCCUUUCUAGUGUUCCUUUCCACACCUUGGAAACAGUCUGAGAUGUCCUGAGCCACAUAGGCGGAGUCUUUAUCUCACACCCACAUUCUGUGGCUUUAUCUCACAUCCACAUCUCAGCCUUGUGCACGUUUCUACAGAUGGAAGGCAGCCAGGAUUCCAAUAGCAGAAUACAGCUGCUUUUGCAUUUUGCAUUAAUAUCUAUGAUACGUUCAGACUGCUAUAUUUCAUAAGUGCACAUUGCACAAUGAGAUGAUAACAGUAAUUUCCUUUUGUGUUGUCUGUUAAACCUUGGGUAUGGCAUGCAAACUCCAUGUACAACUUCAUGGCUGGGAUUCAGGGGGCGUUAGAACUUCAGGAGGGUUUCUGCCAGAUCAAAGGGAAGGCUGGAGACUGGGUUGUGCGUAAGGCGACAGUGCCUGGUUAAUUCACUGGGUGUGGACACUGUACACUUGCAUUAAUUCUGACACUUGUUUUUCUGCAAGGCUUUGAUGAUAAUAAAACACAAAACCCCAUUUUUUUCUUGAACCUUUUCUUUUUGCAGAUCUCAAGCUCCACUUACAAAUAUAGGAAUGAGGAAUUUAAGAGACAAUUCUCGCACCUGCCAGAUUUGGAAAGGCUUGUAGUAGGUAAGAGGGAAACAUUUCAUCCUAUGAGUGGAGCUACAAGCUGCAUUGUUAUAUUUAAAGCAAAUUUGAACCUUGUAACUUGGAAACGUAAUGCCAAAAAUACUGAAUGCUUUGUAGUGAUGAAAAUGAAACAAAUUAAAGGACAGCUUCCUUGAGCCACACUUUCUGAUAUAACAACAACAACAACAACAACAACAACAACAACAACAACAACAACAACAAAUUUAUUUAUAUCCCGCCCAUCUGGCUGGGUUUCCCCAGUAUGUAAACUGAAACCCAGCUGUUCUUUGAAAUUCACACUUUCCAGAAUUUUGCAAUGCAGUUCCCCAGUCAGGUAAUAUGCAUAAAAACGCACAUGCUAGGGUAAAGUGUGCAUAAAAAUGUCUACAACGAUGCUUUAUAUUAGGAGAAAUUGCUUUGCAAAAAUGCAUGCACCUGGCAGAAUUGAAUACAGAAAUGUGUAUAUGCUAUUAGGAGGAAUUAGCACUGAAAUGCUGGUGAAUUUUCAUGAAGACUUCUUUAAAAAAAUGGGAACUUAACUGAUGUUAAGGAAAAUGAGAAAUGGAGAGAAACCAAAACUGAGAUAUUUGCCCAUCCCUAGCCUUAGAUCUCUGGACCUUGGCAUAAUGUUGAAACAUUUUCAAGAAGUUCAAACAGCAGAUUAAGGAGACAUCUUUGGGGGGGGGCAGUCAGUUUCUAGUUCAUUUGUACUUGCAGAACAUCUUCUUGCUAAUUUCAUUUCAUUUGUGCCUUACUUGCUUGCCUUUAAUUUCUCUGUGCUUGAACAGCGCUGACAUUUUGCUCUUUAAUCUUCUGGAUGUAUUUGCCUUUUGUUCUCAGAAUGUUCAACAAGGCCCUGCCCUUUCAUUUCAUCCCUUUGCAAAUCCUCCAUAUCUCCCUCGUGUAUUUUGCACAGCUUUCAAAUGCGCCCAUGACACAAGCUAACUUGAUCUCAUUUUUAAGACAUCCUUACUGAAACAUUAUCUGAAGCUUUAAAAUAGCCCAUAUCCAAUAGAGAAUUAGUAUGGUCUGUAGUAAACAAUUCCACUUUAUUCUAAAAUUCCAAGCUGCCGUUUGCACUGGUGUAGGAAAGCAAGCAAUUUGGCUCUUUGCGUGAGGCAUACUUUCCAUAUGACAACCAUUCUGAAUUUGAAGAGUAAACAACCGGAUUAGGCAUGGGCUGCACUGAGUGCAAGUUUGGCUAGUCAAGGACAGUGCAAAGUCAUAGCAUUGUAUUCAAAGGAAAUGUUAUUAUUCAUUAAAAUGUUUCCUACUCUGACCUUAAAGCUUUGCUGUAUUGCACCCUACAGCAGUAUCAACUGUUCUCCAAUAUGUGACGCGAAGUCAGGAGCUAUUACAUAUGAUAAAAAAGGAGCAAAACCUUUUAAAGAAUAAAGAAUGGGAGGAGAGCUAGUUCUUAAUCUGAAAAGAAGGCCGAAAGCACAGUUCUCAAUGACACCACGCCCUCUGUCCUUGAAGCCUUCCUUCUUACUCCUAAAAGUUGAAGCUUAAGCCAGCUAAAACAGAUAUGCUGUGAAUAGGAAAGCAGAUUACCCUAGAUGGAGGUGUUCAACCAAUCCUUGAUGGAAUUGCACUCGCCCUGAAAGACCAAGUUUGCAGCUUGGGUGUACAGCCCCCAGAUUGUGGGGGCUGAAGCUGCUUCUUAUCAGCUUCAGUUUGUUUGCCGUGAACCUAUUAAGAGACGUUGGGCCGUGCCACAAUUAUUCAUGCACUAGAGAUUGCCAGGCUAGACUACUCUGAAGCUUUCUACAUGGGCUUGCAUUUGAUGAUAGUUCAGAAGUUACAACUAGUACAGAAUGCAGCUGUCUAGCUACUGGGGCCAGGAGGUCAGAUCAUGUUAAACAUAUACUUAGCCAAUUGCGCUGGUUACCAGUGUGUUUCUGAGCCUAAUUCAAAGUGCUGGUGAUGACAUUAAAGUCCUAAAUGGUUGGGACCAGGUUAUAUUAUGGACUGCAUGCACACACAUUAACCUACUCAUACCCUCAUACUACUCAGAGGUGCCUGUGAAAUAGGGUUGCCAUAUUUCAAAAAGAAAAAAACGAGGACACCCCAAAAGUUGUUGAGGUUUUUUUAGGGAAGCCCCAAAGUUGUUGACAAAGCACCACAUUUCAGAAAUUCCCAAGGAUGUCAUCUCUACCUUUGAAAUCCCGGUGAUGUCCAGGAAAAUCCGGGCAUUUGGGAGCCCUAUUGUAAAAACUAUUAGGCUUGCAAGCACAUGGAACACUGCCUUUUCUGCGGCGGUCUCCCAGUUUUGGAAUUCUGCUCUAAGUGAUGUUAGGCAGGCCUUUAAAGACUUUUAAACAGCAACCCCCCUCCCCCCACUUUUAAAUCAUGCCCUUUUGAGGUCAACUUUUGAUGCUGAAUUAAAAGGACUACUUGCUCUGUGUUAGUUUUGUAUUCUAUUUUUGGAUGUAAUUGGCUUUCAAUGCUUGUAGUGCGUCGUUUGUAUAUGCUUAUUGAUUUGUAAACUGAUUUGUUAGGCAAUUUGGCCUUGAGAAGCGGUAUAGAAGCUUUUAACAUACCGUAGAUAAAUAAAUUAGACUGCAUAGUGUUUGGAAAUAAUUAUUCCUCAAUGAGAGAAGCACUGUCUGCAUAGGGAGAAAGCCUGCCCCACUCACAGCUAGUGUAUUUGAUGGAGAGGCUCAAAUUAUUAAAACAGUAUUUGAGUCCUAAUCCCUGAAAGUUUUUGUUUUAUCUGUUCAGAUUGCCAGGUCCCAGUGAUACGGAGGCACUCUAUUUUGGAACAGGUGGUGGCAAAAAUGUGUGGUUUUUGGGUAGCAGUAGAUACUGAUGCAGAUUUAUUCAUAAGAUUCCACUUUUAGGGCUCAAGUGCAGUGUGAAGUCUGAGCAAUUUGUAAAAUGGGCAGGGAAACCUGAGCUGCAAGAAGCAAGCCUGAUUUAUGCUGGGUGGGGCUGUGGGUUAAACCACAUAGCCUAGGACUUGCCGAUCAGAAGGUUGGCGGUUCGAAUCCCCGCAACGGGGUGAGCUCCCGUUGCUCGGUCCCUGCACCUUCCAACCUAGCAGUUCGAAAGCACGUCAAAGUGCAAGUAGAUAAAUAAGUACCGCUCCGGUGGGAAGGUAAACGGCGUUUCUGUGUGCUGCUCUGGUUCGCCAGAAGCGGCUUAGUCGUGCUGACCACAUGACCCAGAACCUGUACGCCGGCUCCCUCGACCAGUAAAGCGAGAUGAGCGCCGCAACCCCAGAGUCGGUCACGACUGGACCUAAUGGUCAGGAGUCCCUAUAUUAUGCCUGUGUAAUUUACCCCCUGAAGGACAGGAGCUACUGAUGGCUGAAGUGGCCUGAGCCUGGCAGAGGGAAAACAAGCCUUCAAAAUAGAAUUUGACUUACACCACCCUUUUUUGCCAGUGUCACUUCCCGUGGGUGACUGAGCUGAACAGAGUUUGCAAUGGGGUAGAUCUCCCCAGUGCUUUCCCCCUCAGGAAGUACUCAAGGGCACACAGUACCGGCACCUCUUUUUAAAAGUAUGGUACUUACUGUAACAACUUCAUGGUGGUUACUGGCACCUGUUUUUCUAAAAAAAAGGCACUGGGUCUCCCCCUGCCUCUCUCCCAGAAUGGCUCUUUUUAGCCUUGGCUAAUCCCUCACUGAGUUGGGAUGGAUGACUUAAGAUGGCAUACCUCCAUUUGAGCAAGGAUGAGGAAUUUCAGCUGAUGUAGGCCCAGCUGAGCCCUGACUCCCCUGGAGAUCUGCCUAUUCCAAACCUGACUCAUCCCAGCAGAUCUUGGGUUUGGAUUGCUUCCUCAAUCUGCCUGUAACAGGAGGAAUCUUUUUAGAACUGGGUAAAUCUUGGUAUCUUGAGGAGGGGCCAGAGUUGGUAGCAGAAUAUGUGCUUUGCAGGGUUUCAGUUUUAAGUUUUAUUCUCUUCUCUCUCCAUGCCAUGUUCCCUGUGAAAAAUGUCCAUACCUCAAAGCUGCUGUUUUCUCCAGGAGGGAAAUUGUCAUUAUUAAUGCCAGUAUUAAUGGCUGCUUCCCUCCUGGGGCCUACAGUAACUUACGUGUGUCUGACACCCAGACCAUGGGAAUGGAGGGAAAGGAUGUAACAGAGUUUCAUUCCUGCUCCUCCCAGCAGCUGCUAUUAAAAAUAAAAGAGGACACAUUAACUGCAUUCACACAUAUAACAUUAGGAGCAGUUUGGCCCUCAAGUGUGUAACCUUGGAAAAACUGGUUCUGGAAGUAAUGAUGUCACCAGCUUCCAGUCAAUCUUUUGUUGCAAACUGGCAGAACCAGUUUCUGCUCAACUCAUUAUGGGAGAGAAGAUGAUAUACCUAAAUAAAACCUGGUGAAUGCACUUCCACAGUGAGCUCACCUUUUAAAUUAUGUAAGUCCGUGGGCAUCCAGACUACGAGCAGACAACAUUAGGCUUAACCUGAUGACCAUUCUGUAAAAGAGCAGGGUCAGAUACAUGAUUUCAUAUGCAUGUAAGUUUCAAGGAUAUCCUUUUUCCAGCACAGACAUGCCUUUUUUCCUCAACCUGUUUUUGAAGUUUUGCCAAGCAUGUAGGUCUACUGAGGAAUGAAGCACGUUAAUUUUCCUCACAUCUUAAAAUAGUUGUACGCUGUUCUUUAAAAGGUUUUUUUUCUAAAGCUGCUCAGAAUAUGAAAUGUUUCAGGUAUCCCUCUGACAAAUGAAGAAAAUUUCCUUCAUUUUAACAACCACCCACAAGAUACUUAAAGCUGCUUGAAGUUCCUUAGGAGCACAACAUUGCUGAUAAGCUAAAUCAUGAGUUUAGCUGAGCUCUGUUAAAAAGAUACACUCUUUUAUCAUUUCCCUUUUUAGAUUAUGCCUGUGCUCUCCAGAAGGAUAUCCUCCUUCAAGGACGUCUGUAUCUUUCUGAAAACUGGCUCUGUUUCCACAGCAACAUCUUCCGAUGGGAGACCACAGUAAGGCCUGUGUGUGUGUGUGUGUGUGUGUGUGUGUGUGUGCCUGCAAUGACUCCUCAGGACUGACCCUACCAUCAGGCAUAGUGAGACAAUGACCUCGGGCAGCAAAAUUGGGAUUGACCUACCAUUAGGCAAAGUGAGGUGGCUGGCUGAGGUGGCCUUGCUCUUCCUCAAGUGUGGUGAUAGAUGCUGUCCCAUUCAUUGCCAAUGUUGAAGUGAUAUUUAACUGCCAGUUUGACUGGCUUCUGGACAUGGGGUGGGGGAGGGACACUCCUUUGCCUCAGGUGGCAAAAUGUCUUGGGCUAGUCCUUACUUUCCUAAAGUGAUCUGCACCCCACUUUUUUGUGUGCCCAGAAUUCUCUGCCACACCUAGAAGGUUCUGCUGCAGACAAGUUGAUAUAAAAAAGGUUCCUUGUGGAUAGCAAGUCUGAAAACCAAUGUUUUACAUACUAUGACAUACUAUGUCUUUAAAGCUUUCGUCUGAGGUCUUACAUUGUUUUACUUCAUGUGUGUUCUUGAACUUCAGAUUUCUAUCGCCUUGAAGGAUAUCACCUUCAUGACAAAAGAGAAGACAGCUCGGCUCAUCCCAAAUGCCAUCCAGAUAGCAACUGAAGGGGAGAAGGUGUGAUGCUCUUCAAUUUAUACUUUACUCUUUUUCUUAAAAAAAUGCUAAACUGUCCUGGCUCUCGCUCAGCACACACAGACAGAGAUUCUUAUGUGUAAGGGGGGAAAAAUAGAUAUUUAUUCAAACAUAUAACAGUACCAGCUAGGCAGCAGACACACAGUUCAGGAGUUCAGGAAUCAGACACUUCAGGAGUUCAGGAAUCAGACAAGAUGCUAAGAACUGGAUGUAAACAAUGAUGAUGCCCCAAUUGUUUCCACACCCCACAAGCCAUGCUUUUAAAGACAAGGCGUGGCAAGCUCACUUGCAGGACUUCCUUGCUUUGUGGGAAUGUCAGGAUUGCAAAUGCAUUCAUUUCUGAGGUGGGUGGGUCUGCUGUCAUCUGCAUCCCUCUUGCAUUCUCUUGAUCAGUUUGCUGCUACCUCCUGAUUUGCCCCCCUGCUCAUCUAGUUUCACCUCCAUUCUUUACCUGGCUGAGUUCUACAUUGGCAACACUGAGACUAAGGAAGAAGAAGGUGACAGCCAGUGCCACCCCCUGGACUCAGUAUAAGUGGGGGCUAUCUGAAGUUGCUGGGGUAGUGCCCCAUGUGCCCUAAUGACCUAUGUGGCAGUAAACCCUGUUGAGCUUAGUGGGACUUAUUUCUGAUUAGAUUUGUUUUGUUUUUUUUAAAUGAUAUUUAUUAAAAUUUCAAAAGAAAAAGAUUACAUUAAUAAGAAAAAUAACAAUAAAGAAAGAAAAAGACAAAGUACAAGAAAAAAAACCCAGUUAAAAACAAUUCCAUCUUUUCAUCACUUCUCUUACGUUUACUUGUUUCCCGGACCUCCUCAUACCUCCCUCUUUUGUAUUCCAAUUCAAUUUGUUAAUCCAGCAAUUCCUUUCCCUCCUUUUUAAUCCUGAUCUUUAAUCUUGAUAUAUUAUAACAUUAAAUUUUUACGUAUUAAAAACCAAUUUUUCCAUAUAUUUCUGAUUAGAUUUGUAUAGCAUCUCAAUGUAAACAUUUUAUUUUGUUAUUAUAUUUAUAAACAUACUGCUCAUCGUGUAAUAUCUGGGUGAUGAGCACACACAAUAAAACCAUAAAACAAUUUAAAAUACACACAUUUUUCAAGCUAAAGUGUCAUCCCAGCUACUUUUUAGGAUCCCAAUAUGGAUACAAGCAUAUAAUAGUUAUUUAGAUAAAAUACGCUCAAGUUUCUUGAGACAUAUCCUGCGGCUCCCAAGUUCAAUCAAGUAUGAGACAAUGUGUGAAGAACUAGGUAUACACAUGAUGGAAUAAUGGGUGUGGGAUAGCCCUAUAAAAUACUGGUUGCGUUGCCAUUUCCGUUGCCAACUUUGAGUCUGCUCUCUGACUUACUUAAGGACUCUUAUAAAUCCAGAGGAUUCCAACUCUUACAUAGCAAAAUCAGAUAUAUUGGUAUUGACUUGGAACCCUUGUAUAAUUCAAGUGAGCAAUAUAUUUAUCGCAAUAUUCAAACCAGAUUAAGGGACAUCGAAAAACUAAACAUCGAGUCAGCUGCAAAUAAAAUUUGCUCCCUCAAGUUCUAUGGUUUAAAUACAACAGAUAAGAGGGUCACUUAUAUCUCAAAAUUAAUAAUUCCAGUCCAAAGCAGGCCUUUAUGUUAACCCGACUGAAUGUUUCCCCCCCAGCUUUUGUCAAGGGCAGAUAUUUAAACAUCCCCAGAAAUGAUAGACAUUGUGGAUGUUCUUUGAAUGUGUUGGACACUGUAGAACAUAUCCUUUUCUACCGUCCAUUGUACAACCAGCUACACAAACAUGUGCUUUCCCCCUUUUUGGGUAGUCUAACACCAUGGCACAAUGAAACUAUCAGAUUCUAUCUGUCUGACAUUAACCUGGAAGUAACUGCAAGGGUGGCUGAGUGUUUGUCAGUAGUAUCUCUUAGAGUGGUCAAUGGCAUUAUUUAGUGGGAAGAAAUCCCAAUUAAAACCUGUGUCAUUAUAUAUUUUACAUAGCUGUUUUAUUAAGUUUUAUGAUAACCUAUACUUGUAGUGCCUAAUAAACGUUUGGUGAUUUAAGUAAUUAAUUUAAGCACAAUUUAAAAACAUAUUAUGCCAAUCAAAACAGCUCAGCAGCAGCGUCAGAAAUAGUCCUUCUCAAUAACGGACCUCCCCCAAAUGCCUGUGUGAACAGAUGUGUGUUAAGUUGUCCUCUGAAAUCCAUCCGGAUGGGGACAGCCUUAUUAAUGGCAACAAAAUCAACUGAAAUCAUGUAGCCUUAGUUCCAUGUAUUUUCCUUGGGAUGAGGAUAUGCAACAUUCAGAUCAUAUUACAAAUUGUACACAAUUGUCAUUUUUCUUUGCAGUUUUUCUUUACUUCAUUCAGUGCCAGAGACAGAAGCUACCUCAAUAUCUUUAGAUUGUGGCAGAAUUCAUUGUUGGAGAAGGUAAGCUUUGAUACGCUUGGGAAAUGUCUGCACUGGCCAUUUUUUAAAAUGCUCGAAUUCUAACAUAUAUUGCUAGUUGUUUGCCUUUGCACUCUACAACUAAGUUCCAAGACUUGCAUUUGUUAAGUUAUGCAUUCUUAAAAAAUUAGCACUGGCUAUCAAGUGCAUAAGGGUGCUUGUGUGCAAGAUUGGUGUGGUUUAGAACAGUAAAGGUGACUAGAUGUUAAUUUAAAAAACAUUCAGUGUAUGAUUUGUCACAAUAAGAAGUCUAUACCUGUGGCAGGCAGUAAAGUCAAUCCUAGUGCUCUGGCCUUCUUGGUGAUAUUUGGUUCAUAAAUAAGAGCUAGAAAAACAUGAUGUCGUGGCGAAAUGGCAUAAAUGCAAGUUAAACAUCUCCACUAUAUAACAGGGUUGGAGAGAAGGAAGGUAAUUUUUUGGACAGGUGGUCUUUAGUGCUUGUAGGUUCUUGAGAGCCUUAUGUUGCAUUACUUUUUGCAUUAGAUCAGGUUUUGUUAGAGAGUGAAUUGCCUUCACAUGAGGGCACGUGAGGGCAGUAUAAGCCCACGGCGCCGAACUGUGUGCUCACAUAAUGCCUACCAAGGUUUGGCAUGAGGCCUGAUGUAGUUCUGCUUUGGGAUGUGGAGAGAUCUUAGUCACACACACACACACACACACACACAAAAUCAUAUUGUGAUCUAUAAGGAUAUGAAAAGAAGGGAUAGGAAAUCUUUUUCAGCCUGAGUAAUGUAUUCCCCUCAUGGGCAACCUGUUGUGGGCCACAUGUCAGCAGUGGGUUAAGCCAGAUGCCGAAACAGGUAGAGCAUUAGAUCAUGUGACUCUUAGCAGGGAUGUAGAACCUGUGACCCUCCAUAUGUUGCUGGACUUCAUCUCCCAUCAUCCUGGCUAGGGCUGGCUGGGGCUGUUGGGAUUCCAAUAACAACCUAGUGGCCACAGGUUCCCCAUCCCUGCACCAUACAGUAGGCUGCAUUCCAGCCAUGGUUUCUGUGCACACACCCAAACACCAAAGGUCAGAGGUUUCUAUGCAUACAUGUCUCCUCAAGGACAGGCAAAAGCACCCAAGGAGGCUGCAGAGUUAGGGCUGCUGAGGGGAUGUGGCCUAGAAAGAGUCCUGAGGCCUCAGAACCACGCAUGGCCCCUGGACUUACCUGUUACCAAACGUAAUCGUUUCCAAGUGAGGGAUUUAGGCAUCUUUAUUUUAAAAACUGAAUUGAAUCCUUAAACAGGUUUUGGUUUAUUCUAAAAAUAUUCUUAGAAAGACUUAAACUGCAGUUCUAAACAUGUUCAGAAAUGCCACAUGGCACACUACUUCCCUAAAAUAGGCCGUUUCAAGUAGCAGGUGGAAGAUGACAUGUUGAAAUAUUCUCUCUCACGUAAAAACAAAAUAAAAACCCAAACAUUUAAACUUCUCUUAAGCGUACUAGUUUGUUCAGGGGUUUAUUUAUUUUUAAUACGGGAGAGAAUUCAAACACACUGGCCACAUUCAAACAUCAUAUUAACUUGAGUUUAGUGGGAUGAGAAGGAGCUACACCGAGCUUUGUGUUUCCAUGCUUGUCAGUGUAACAUGGCAACAGGAAGAUGGAAAGCUAUCGCUUGCUUUUGAUUAGCCAUAGUUUAAUGUGUCAUCCAAACCCUAAACUGAAUCUGCUUACCCAUUUGGUAAGGGGCUGAGAAAUGUAUUCAGGAGAAAAGAUCGCUCUCUUGAAUUGGUGAACAGAUCCACUGUCUUGUUUGUGAAGCAGCUUUUUUCUUGUGUUUGUUAUUCAUUGGGAAUUAGGUACUUUGUGUGUGUUUUUGUCUACGUAGAUCAUCCUAUUGUAGGUUUUCUAUGUAUUCUCUCUUUUUUUACAGCUAUUGGAUAUUUUUAGGUGUUUCUUGUUCACCCAUAAUCUUCCUGUGAUUGAGGGGAUUCCCCCCCACCCCGACUACUGGGCAGCUUUAGUGUUUUGGUUAGAGAAACUGAAGAGAACUGACACAACAGGAUUAGACAGCAUUCCUUUUAAUACCAGGUGCUGUAAAGCAAUAGCGGGACCCAGAGGCAUAAGGUUGCCAGUGUGAGAAACAAGAUGCUGGACUAGGGAGAUCGUUGUUUUGGUUCAGCAUCAGGUGUUUGGUAAGAGCAUCAGGGCUCUUACAUUCUUAGCAAAAGAUAGCUCAUGCCUACGGGGUUGCAUAUGCAACUGCAGAGGUAUUUUAAUGCUGGAUUCACAUUUUUGAAGGCUGAAGGUAUCUUCUCACAACCAUAAAGGCUAUAGACUUAAGAAACAUCAAUAAAAGGAAUUCCUUUCAUAGCAAGCAAAGUUAAAUAUGUCCAGGGAGAUUGGUUGUUAGCAGGCAGGCAGGCAGGCAGACACACACCUCUACUUAUUGUGGGUAGAAGGCAUAUAUAUCAAUGAUUGCUUUUAUCAAUACAAAUUUAAUAAACUAUUUAUUUAUUUAUUACACUCUAUACCUCUCUUCAUCCGAGGAUCACAGGGCAGUUUACAAUUUAAAAACACAGAAAUUCAUAACAAAGUAACAAACAAAAACAAUUAUCCCUCCCCACCUCCAGUUUAAAAAGCCAUAAAUUGUUUAAUUAGCCAAAGGCCUGGGAGAAAGGGAAUGUUUUUGCCUGGUGCCUCAAGGUAUGUAACAUUUGAAAGGCCUCUAAGAUAGUAAUCAGCCAAAGGCCUGGCUGAAGAGGAACUGUUUUCGCCUGGCGCCUGAAGGUGUAUAAUGAAGACACCGGCCAAACCCCCCUGAGGAGAAAAUUCCAUAAACAGGGAGCUGCUGUAGAAAAGGCCCGUUCUCAUGUUGCUGCCCUCCAGACCUCUUGUGGUGUGGAGGAGGCACACAAAGAAGGGUCCAGGUCAGUUCAUAUGGUGAGAGGCAGUCCUUGAGGUAUUGUAGUCCAGAGCCGUUUAAAGCUUUAUAGGUCAAAACCAGCACAUGGAAUUGGGCCCAGAAACUAACUGGUAGCCAGUGCAGUCAGGCCAGGAUUGGUGUCGUAUGCUUGAACUGUUUUGCCUUAGCUGCUGAAUUGUGAACCAUUUUCAGAGGCAACCCUAUGUAUAACGUGUUGUGGUCAUCUCUAACCUAGAGUUUACCAGAGCAUAGAUGACAGAGAUUAGGCUAUCCCUGCCCAGAUAGGGACAUGGCUGGGCCACCAGCCAAAGCUGAUAGAAGGCACUCUGCACCACUGAAGCUUCCUAAGCCACAAGCAACAGCAAAGGACCCAGAAGCACCCAAAGCAAGCUAUGUUCCCGGUCCUUCAGAGUGAGUGUUACCCUAUGAAGAGCAGGCAACCUGCCAUCCAUCUAGUCUAGGGAACUGCCAACUAACAAUGCCUCAGUCUUGUCUGGAUUGAGCUUCAGUUUAUUCAUGAUGCCCUGUACAGGGUUUCAAAUUCCGGAAUCUGCAAUUUUCUGGAAGAUAAAGAGUUUCACAGCAAAUGCUGUGUAAUUAUUAAAUUAUCAUGUAAUAAAAUCACAAGCAGUGUGAAUGUUCAAUCACAGCAGCUGCUUCGCCAGCCUAGAAAGGAAGGUAAGUUGAGGGGCAGACAUGGCAAAGGGUGCCUUGUCAGUGCUGACUGGUCUACUCUGGAAGGGCUGGUACUGGUUUGCUUUUUCAGAAGUGGCUGGGCUUUCUGGGCCUUCUAGUCAAGUGUGAUUUCCCCCUCUCUAUUUAUAGCCUGCACUCCCCGCCCCCCUAAUGUAUGUGCAUGUUAGUGAAAGGGUUAAAGAGAAACCUGAUAAGGAAGCUCUGCCCAGGAAUGCUGUCCCUGCAACAAACUGUGGCUUGACCGGCUUUGAGUGGAACUAAUAGCAGCAUUAGCGUACUAAGCAGCCUUGAAAGCAGCUCCCCUGAGAUAGUGUUAGAGACUUAAGGCAUUUUUAAAUGAAUUGUGCAUGAGGAGCAGAAGAUAAAUUCUCUCAAAAGCCGGGUAACCACACCUGUUUUCCUGUCUAUCCAGGUGUUCUGUGGUGGGGAGGAACCUGCUUGAUAGAUUCUUAGGAAUCCUGAGCCGUAUGUUUUCCUAUAACCUGCUUACCUGUUUUCUUAGUGGGAGGGCCCCAGGAACUGAGCAGGAGCAAAGCACGUCCCACUUCCAGUUCUGAAAACAGACCUGCCCAUUUUUCAGCAGCUUGCAAAGUGCCUGUAGUAGGAAGUUACAUAAAUGCAGCUCUUUCUCUCCAGCGCUUUUCUUCAUGACCUCUUGAUCACUCCAGGUUGUUUGCCACUAUAUUGCGGAGGCAUUUGUCUACGGGGGGUGGGGGUGGGGGCAGUGAUCUUCCUUUUUAUUACAUUCUACUUGUAUAGCCUGGACCAGCUUGUAAGCCAUGUGGCCAUGAGAGGGUUCUUCGGCACUACAGGAAAUCCUGAAUAUUAUGCAAUGAUUUUAAACCUACGGGAGGUUGUUGAAGUGCUCUCUGCCAACUUUUCCCCGAAGAUGUGUCCAGUUUCCUGAAUGCCACUAUGAAGUUGCCUACAUUAUGGAACUGCAAAUGUAAGGUUUCAUUUUCUUUUCGUGCGGCAAGUUGCAGGUGAAUGAUGCAGGGAGAGUGGGUUAAGUCUUGCGUGAGAAACCUACUAGUUUUAAAUCUGUAUUCUCCCGAGGGAGCAUUUUGUGUGUAUUGGUAACUUGUGAAUAUAUUAUUUGAUGGAAAGUUUUCUGCCAUACAUUCUGACUUACGUGGCAUGCUUGAGCAAAUAUUUUCUACUGGCUUCAAAUGAAUGGCAAAUAGUUACCAUUAAUUCAUUAGGAAAGCUUGAGUUCUCGUGGUGAAUGAGUUACACAGUAUAGUUGGAGCAUAAACGUGAGUUUGCUUGUCUGAUUCCUGUUAGUGGGUAUAUCACCUGAUUGGAGUUGGGAUUUAGGGGGGGGAGAACCUUAAUAUUCCUUUAAUGGGUGUAGCUAUUUCCUGAAUGGCCAAUUCAUUUACAAUGGUGGCAUCUAUGACCAGUGCUGUACACAAGGGGUGUGUUUCUGGGGGUGGGAGGAAAAAAACCCGCACAAUUUGAAUAAAGCCAGGUAGAGGGAGAACUUGGUGAAGCAUGCACAAAUAGUUCUUUAGGGACUUGCUGUCCGCUGAAGUAAUGCCUGUAUAUUUGUAAAUCAGGGUCAGGGGACUUGCGAUCCUCCAGAUGUAUUGGGGCAGCUCCUACCAGCUCCAGCCAGGAUGACCAGUGGGAGUUGGAGUCCAGCAACAUCUGGGGGGCCACAGGAGGUUCCCCACUCCUGUUGUAAAUAAAAUCAAAUAUUAGAAAGCCAAUCCUAGUGCUAUUACUACUCUGAAUUCUAUGCAUGGAACAGUACAUUUCCAUGCCCUUCUCACUUCAGCUCCAUUUAGUCGUUUCAGAGGAGGCCUCAUCAAUGAUGUACAUUGAUGUGGUAUGAGGGGAUAAAACUGGGAUAAGCUGUCUUGGGAAAUCUGAGACCCGCCGCUUUAUGUUAGCAAAAGGGUCUUGAUGGGGCAUGAGGAGUGGGGAGGCUGCGGCUGGGUGAAGGACUUAAGAACCCUCCCAUGUGAGCAGAUGCACUCUGUUGUAUCUGUCACUAAAUUUCCCAUGUCCAAAGGAGGCUAAAUUCUUUUGCUGUGCCCCUGGAGCUUUUCGCUGCUUGAGGAAGUGGGGAGCACAAAACAGUAUGGUUGGUCAUUCAUCUGAGAUUCUCUCAGUUUACUUACCUUCAAAACCAGCUGCCUGUACUUUGACUGCGAAAGACCCUUGAUUGUACAGUAGCUGUCUUGCCUUCUUGGAGGGCCAAAGUUCAUUUCAAUGGCAUAUUAGUUUUUCUCAACAAUGCAAGUACAGAGAAGACAAGUAUAAUUAUUUUUUAAAUCUCAUUUCCUCCACAUUUUGAGAAGCAUAUUUAUAGAAAUGGCAAUACUUUUAAUAGCUGAAAUGGAAAAUGUAUGAAUUCAUUGGUUACAAUUUUCACAGGGCAGCACCUACAGUGGGAAACUGAGAGCUCUCAGGUUUCUCAAGAUUGCUGUUGUUGUUUUUAUGAAACUUAGAAUACAGCUAAAACUUUUAAAAGCAGUUUAAAAACAAUUUUCUAAAAAUAGUUUAAAACUUCUAAAAAAAACCAAGAACUCACUCAGUAAUUCCAGUAUUGCCAGGAAAAGAUCUUUCAGCCACCAAAUGCCUAAGUAAACAGAAAUGUUUUUAGAUUCUUCCUAAAAGUUAAUGAGAGAGACAGACAUACCUCACUACCUUGGGACUAUGUAUGCUAGGACUAACAUUUUGAACUGGGCCCAGUAGCGCAGUGUAAGCCAUAGCUAAAUCAUAAUUUUGCUUAGACUGUUUUGUGCGAACAGGCCAUUGGGUGUUUCAGUUAUUUACCACAGCAAAUGUGACUGCCACGUGAAAUGUCAACUGGCCCACACUCAAGGUCAUAUAAACAAAUACGGGCAAAGAGGGAUGGAAAAAUAAUGGCGGAAAAGGGGAAGAAAGCAUAGGCCUCAUGCUACUUGCCUCCUCUGCUAACACCUGAAUUUAGAAAUUCUGGAAUGUUUGGUAUUGGCUGUGUUACAGAGUUUAGUUUCUGAUAUGUUUUGAAUGAGUACAUUACAGACUUUUGACACCUUUUGUUAUUUACAGUAUUUACAAAUAUACAAGCAGAGAAUACUGGUAGCAAAUACAAGGCUACGACAGGCAGCUAGUCUGCUAAACCUGUAUCCAAGUGUCAGAGAGGGACCCUGCACCUCCAGAUUCUGUGUGUGUGUGUGUGUGUGUGUGUGAGAGAGAGAGAGAGAGAGAGAGAUCUUCUCUCCAUUUAAAAUGCAAAUCCUAGCUCCAAACUGUUUCUCUGCAACUCUUCUUAUUUAUUAAAUUUAUAACCUGCUGCUAUUCCAUAAUGAAACUGAAAGUAGCUUACAUAUAGAUUGUAGGCAGUCUCCAAUCUUCAUCCUGACCAGAGCCCAUAGCGUGCUUAACUUCAAAAAGGUUGUCGCAUCAUGUGCUUUCAGACUAUUCCCUUAACUCUGAGAGGUGUUGUCUUCCAAAUUCUGAUUGGUACUAUAGUGGUACCUCGGGUUACAGACGCUUCAGGUUACAGAUGCUUCAGGUUACAGACUCCACUAACCCAGAAAUAGUGCUUCAGGUUAAGAACUUUGCUUCAGGAUGAGAACAGAAAUUGCGCGGUGGCGGCACGGCGGCAGCGGGAGGCCCCAUUAGCUAAAGUGGUACCUCAGGUUAAGAACAGUUUCAGGUUAAGAAUGGAGCUCCAGAAUGAAUUAAGUUCUUAACCCGAGGUACCAAUGUAUAUUCCAUAGGCCAACAAAGGCCUUCUGGCUAUCAGAAAAAAAACAUUUCUGGUCAUUAAGGACCAUUGAGGUUCUCUAGUUAACAAUCCUGGCCACUCACAGUGAACAGAAAGUGCAGUUCACAACACUAUUGUGUCACAUCUCAAUGAGGUGGAGGAAAUCUUCUAUUUCUCCUAGGCUAGGAGAAAGCAUAUUUGGAAAGUUUUUUAAUGCUUCUGAUGUUUGUCAGUAGUUAGGUACAAAUGGCAAGCGUACUUAUGCUUUAGUGAGUUUUAUACCACCCUGUGCGUCCUGCUUUAACAUUAAACAUGUAAUCCUAGUACAUCAUUUCAAGGCAGGUUUGUGAAUAUGUUCUGGCAAGAGAGGAGACAAGGGAGAAAACAGUUCAGUGAUGGUUAAUUCAUGAUCAACAUAGGAUCUGAUUUUUUUUGUUAACGUAGUGAGCUAUCUUUGACUCCUGUGUUUGAGUUGGGUAACUCUACAUUGCUUUGGUUCACAUGCUAUUUUGCUGUUGUCACUAUGCUUGGAGCCUCUUCAGCAGUUGAGUGAAGAAGCCACUUGACCUGUAGACAGCUGGCUAAGAGGGGAUUGUGGUAUUGUUGUACAACUAAUGUCAGCUGAGAGGAUGCAGCUGUUCACAGCAGUUAAAACGACUUGGAGAAGGUUUUUUCUAAAAAAAAUAUUUCAGGAAUUGGGGUGGGAGGGGGCAAAGACUAUAGUGGUCUUGGAUCUCAAUAGCCAUAUGGAAAAGUACCGGGAGUGUACUAUCUUAAAGAUAAUUAAUCUAUAAUGAUGGGUUUGUAUUGUUAGUUUUCUGUUAGAGUUGAAAAUGGGUGUUAGAGCGAAAGCUCUGUUUCACAUUUUUAUUUAUAAAUGCAGCUAGAUAUACUGUGGAUCAUAGAUUGAACAUUACUAGCAACAGGGAUUAUUAUUUUUUAAGUGAAUAAGAGCAUUUGUUACCUCUGCUUAAAUAGGAUAUAACUUUAAAAGACAAGCCAUCUACUGUGGUUACUGACCAAGCGUACUUAAUUUUUUGUUUUGUGUUUUCCAGAGACUGACCAAGCAAGAAUUCUGGCAGCUUGUACAGCAAAGCUAUGGCUCUGAGCUGGGCUUGAACACGGAAGAGAUGGAAAACAUUUAUUCUUCAUCAGAGGAGAAUGGACAGUCAAGGUAAGAAUAUGCUGCAGAUUACCACAAAGGAAGGUACAUAUUAUUGGCAUCCCAUUUUAUGCAAGUCAUUUGAAAGGCUACUUUUGAACGCACAUAGAGUUUUGCUUAUUAGUGGUGUUUUCAUUUUUCGGCACGAUCCUCUUCCUAUGCAGAUAUAAAGCAGGUAUAACUUCUAUUUUGCCCUUCUAAUUCCGAGCUAGUUUAGAGAUUACCACUUGCUUGCUUAGAUUGAUGAAAAGGUUGUAUCCGCGGUGAUGCUGGCUUGCAUGUUCAAGCAGUAGCAACACACGUGUUGCUGGUUGGAUGCCAUAGUACCGUAUUUUCGCCCUAUAAGACGCACCAGACCGUAAGAUGCACCUAGUUUUUGGAGGAGGAAAACAAGAAAAAAAAUAUUCUGAAUCUCAGAAGCCAAAACAUCAAGAGGGAUCGCUGUGCAGCGAAAGCAGCGAUCCCUCUUGCUGUCCUGGCUUCUGGGAUAGCUGCGCAGCCUGCAUUCGCUCCAUAAGAGGCACACACAUUUCCCCUUACUUUUUAGGAGGGAAAAAGUGAGUCUUAUAGAGCAAAAAAUACGGUAUAUUGGGAACUUUUAGUGCAAACCAUGCAGCAGUGGCACUGCUACGUGCAGGUGUUGCAUAGGGUAAAGAGCAUGUAAAUGUUAACUGGCUUCCAUGUCUUUCUGCUACAGGGGUAGAGGCCUUUUGGCAACUUGCAUGGGCAAGUUAGUGAUGAUAUCUAAACCAAACUGAAAAGGAAUGUGUGGAAGUAUGAUGCUAAAUAUCCAAUGAAAGGUGUUUUCAAGGAUUUAGCAUAUUCCUUUUCGAAGGUGCUAUUUUUACUUGUCUUGGGGCUGACGCUUACCUAAUAAGAUCAUGUAUACAUUUAGCAGUUCAAGUGCAAGAUCUACUUUAUCUGCUCAGGUUUCAUGGGAAGAGAAGGGAACUUCGUCUUUUGGGUGUCCUUUGUGGAAAUUGUUUAUACUUUGGAUUCAUUGAGUGAGUGGACUUCUGUGUUAAAUCAGUUUUCUAGUCAAAGAAGCUCUAGGUAAUAUAUGGGUAUGAUUCCUUCUAUUAGUCCCUCUUGGUGUGUGCAUGCAUAGGCACACGUGCAUGUGCACGCACGCGCGCGCGCACACACACACACACACACACGUACAUGUAUUUUUGCUUCAUGUACAGUAAGUAAAACAGUUGAGUUCCUUUGGUUGCAAGAGCUUGAGCAGACGUUAACUUCUAUCCUUCUAUCACAUCUGUUGUUUCACAGCAGCUUUAAAAUGUGUUUUUGCUUUAAAAAGACGAAGCCUACAUCCCUUAUUUCAGCUCUUGACAAUACCAAGAAGCUUUCUUGUUUGUGAAAAAUGUAGUUUCUGUAAUAUUACAGCAUAGUAAUUUUUGUUGCAUCCUUCACAAUAUUGUAUAGAAAUGUCUUAGUACUUUUAUAUACAAUAUUGUGGUGAAGGGUAGAAUGCCAAUUAUUCUCAUCUUUAAUGAUGCCUAUAGGCCGGCCAGCCUUCUUCAAUACAGUGCGCUCCAGCUACUUUGUACUACAAUUUCCAUCAGUCCAAGCUAGCACAGCCGUUGGAGAAGGCAACUAUAACCCUUCUGUUUUGUGUCUGUUUAUGUCUGUAUCCCCACAUUUGGGGGGUAUGCAUUAGCAACCCUUAACACACAAAGAUUCUAGAGUCAAGCUUCCAAGAGGCUCACAACCCUGUCCUUCUUGCUGAUUAAACACAUUUUUCAAAGGCUUGCUCAUAGACUUUCUUCUCCUCCCCCCCCCACUAGCCACUGUGGGGCAGCAAGAAAUUCCUGGGUCUGAGAAGGUUGAAACGUUUCCUCUCCUAGUUUUUGGAUCAACAUUUAGUGUUGGCAACUUUCUAUAAGGAAAUGAUGUUUCUGGUGAACAUGAUAACCACAUUGAAACAAAAUGCUGUCUCAACUUCUAGUGCUAUGGAUGCUAAACUACCAGAACCGGGGUAUUAUACUAUACCAAUCCUAGGGCCUCAGGAAUCAAUAUGACCCUGUUUUCUUGAGUGCAGAGACAGCACAACAUGUUCUUGAGAGUGCUGCUAGCCAGGAGGCUGCUGUGGAUCACUGGGAGAAUCAAGGACAGUGUCUUGCACACCCAGCAAUGGUGAAGUAGAGACACCAUGUCUUUCAUAACCCUUGAUACCAUCCCUACUAUUUGCAUGCAUGGGAAUUCCAGAUGACAGUAUCUAAUCUGUGCUGCUGAAUAUUACCGCAUGCAUGCCACUUUGAAUUCACAUCCUCUUAAACCGGGUCAUGCUUCAUGCUACCACUUUAAGAAUCGAGGAUCUGGGCCAGUGGCUGGUCUCAAAACACUUUAAGAUUCCUGUGCCAUUGCAGUCCACUGAUUGCAAAGGUUUGACAGAAAUGGACCAGAGAGUACAGAAGUGGGCAGUAGAGAGUGCUGUGUGCAUAUUGCUUUUGGCCACAUCAGCCUUGGUUUAUUCAACUGCUCCACCUGUCAAAGAGGAGAGAAUAAUCCAACACGGAGGCAAGAUCCUGUACUGAGAUGAUGAGAUGCCUGCAUCUGGCAGCCUACUGUAGUACCUAACAACUGCUUUUUCAAAAGGGAUCCAUCCUUCUAAACUGUAGCAAACCACAUAGGAUUCAUGACUCAGUUAAGCUAGACAAACCUAGUUAGUGGCCUGGUAAAAUGCAUUCUACUCCAGUGCCUAAUUUGGAGCCUAGUUUUGACUUCCUGCUUUACUUACAAGGACAAGGGAUUAUCCUUCUCCUUGAAAGUUUGCCUCUGUGUAAUUUCAGCCAGACAAACAAUGGGACAUUUUCUUUAUUUGCUAAUCCCUUAUUGAGGAAAUUCCAUCAUAGCCUUCAAUUCUAUUAAAAUCUAUUUUUGGUACUAUAUUAAUUGAUGGUGAAGCCUUUCAAGCAGAGGGCAAGCUGUGAUUUUCUUAAGAGAAAAUCCUUGGUAAGCCUUUUAGGAACCAACAAGGGUAGUAUCUACAUUCUAACCUAAUGUGGACUUGAGUACCUGCUUUCUCCUCUAAGCAUAACCAAUUUAAUUAAUAAUAGGGAGAUGGCCCAUGAUCUUGAUGUCUGGAGGACAUUAUUUCUUUUUACCUGGAUUAUAAAAAUCUGCUGAUGAAAAUACGAGAAGCUGUAUGUUUGCAGUGCUCUGGAACUGUGUGAAUUACCUUUGCCAUCAUCACACCAUUUCCUAGUGGAGUUUGAACUAACAACAGCAUUUUCUCCUGGCCGGUGUGGAGGACUAAUGGGAUCCAAUGGAUUCCUGAAUGCCCUGGUUUUCUUCUUUCCCAAUGGAUUGAGCUGGCAAUCAUGCUGAGACCCAACUCUGUUGUGAAAAAGCGAGAUGCAAUGGGCCAUCAACAUGGUUGUUCUCGGAAAUUUAUUCUGCUCCCUGUCUUGCUGUGGGCAGUGAAGGAAGCUGGGUCAUGGCUAGUGUGGAAGUUGCAGAAAUCUCUGUGUAAAGUCAAUCCAACAAAGAUGAGAGCUCAUAGUUAUGCUUACUGUGUGACAGUGAGAUUGGCAAUGAAGGGUUAUCUAAAGUAGGUGAGAGAGUAAGUGCAUAUUUAGGCAUCUAUAAGGAAGCACUUUGACAUUUGUCUAAAUUCUGUCCUGACUUUAAUCUCCCUUGUCGAUAUCUCAUGCUGUAUAUGACUGCACAAAAGAUGAUUGGAAAAAUAAACUAGAGGUAAGGAACUCUGUGCUCUAUUCAUACAACAAAGCAGCAUUAAUUUCCAUCUUUAUGUUACACAAGUUAGUUGUACCACUUUUGACAAAGUCUGAAAAGCUGAUAUUUACUCAAAGGCACAGGAAAAUAAAUGGAGUAACUUGGCGGUAAUAAGACUGGAUGUCUUAAGGCUGAAAUGUUGCACUUGCCACAUUGGAAUUCCAAAAUGGUAAAAAGUACUAACAAUGUAUGUGAAAUAAGUGUAAGUUAACUCUGCUGCUAUUUUUGUCUCUGGCAGAUCUAGCCUUUGUGACGAAUCUGGGGAUAAGGAGUCACCUAAAGCAGUUGGUGUAAUUCGAGAACCCAUUGCACAGAUACUUGAAGUUGAAACGGAGUCUCUUAAUGGAAACAUACGGACAGAAGUAAGCUAUGAAGGAGUCUCUGUACCCCCCUCUCUCUCACCCUCAGUGUACAACACUAGCAGUGUAGGCGAACAUGGGGUAAUCGGGCUGAUUGCGGCUUUGCCACGUCUGAAGCCCCUUUGUUUCUCCGACAUGCCCUCAGAAGGUAUCCUAUGCUACCUUUGUAGCUGGAAUAGUGAAUUACCGUAUUUUUCCGUGUAUAAGGCUAGGUUUUUUCCCUAAUAAAUUAUGUCAAAAAUUAGGGGGCAUUUUAUACACGGAUAGUGCCGAGGCCAUUUUCUUAAAUCUGAGUCCCCCCAAAUAGGGAACUUCUUAUACAUGGGAGCAUCUUAUAGAUGGAAAAAGACAGUAUUUCACACUGUAACCAAUGAGAAGGGAAAAGAAAAAGUACUUCUCAAUCUGCCCAUAGGAAAACAGUGGGAGAAUAGAUAUGGUAAUUGCUCUUCCAGUGCAUCUUCCCUGCUCCCACUCCCACAAUUCGUUGCUAGAAGUUGUCUUAUAAAAGUAUUUUUGAGCAACUUGUGGUAGUCCUGUCCUCCCCCCCCCCCAGAUUUGAAAGGGAAGUAGAAAUCUAUUUAUCUAUUUUCUGCUGCACAUCAUGCGCUGUAUAUGAACACUUAAUGAGCUUACAAAUUUGUAUGGGAAAUGAAAAACAACAACAAUGGAAUCUUGAGAGCCAGUGUGGUAUAGUGGUUAAGAGCGGUAGUCUCGUAAUCUGGGGAACCAGGUUCUCUUCCCCGCUCCUCCACAUGCAGCUGCUGGGUGACCUUGGGCUAGUCACACUUCUUUGAAGUCUCUCAGCCCCACUCACCUCACAGAGUGUUUGUUGUGGGGGAGGAAGGGAAAGGAGAAUGUUAGCCGCUUUGAGACUCCUGAAGGGGAGUGAAAGGCGGGAUAUCAAAUCCAAACUCCUCUUCUUCUUCUUCUUCUUCUUCUUCUUCUUCUUCUUCUUCUUCUUCUUCUUCUUCUUGACAUUGUCCUUGAUAGAUUAAAUCUUGUUCUGAUCAUUGUGCCUCUGUGUGCAAUUUGAGUUGAGAUGGGUGGGAAUACUUCACUUCAAGGCAUGCUGAUCGUUCCCAUAUAAUUAAUUUGAAAUCCAGAUAUUUUUGCUCGACACAUUUCAGACUGCUAAUUCUGUUAUGAUAUGUAAUACCCAUAUCUGCUUUCACUCCCACAUUUCCCACAUUUUCCUGGCAUUUGAAAUCUCUGAAGUUUUGUUAACGACAGAUCUGAAGUACUCUCAUUAUCUUAAAAAUAUAUCAACAUUCUGUUCGGCACAUAAUUCUAAUUUAGUAUUCACAAAGUUUCAGCACUAAGCAAAAUGUGGUAACAAUUACUUUACUUCAGUAACUACUGCAAUAAUUAAUAUUUAUAUAACAUUUUCCCCCACACCCACUCAAGGUGCUUCAUACAUAUUUAUUAUAAAUAUAUAAUGGAAAGUUUAAAAAACAGAGCUGCUGUUAACCCUUUUAAUUUCAAUAGGUUUUGCAUGGGAACUCUGUGCAUGCUCCAUUGAAAUGAACAGAUUGCACGGCAACAGUGCUUGGUGCAUUUUAUGCAGACAUCCAAAAACCUGUUUUAUAGAACCUGUUAUAAGGUAAAGGUAACGGGACCCCUAACCAUUAGGUCCAGUCGUGACUGACUCUGGGGUUGUGGCGCUCAUCUCGCCUUAUUGGCCGAGGGAACCGGCGUACAGCAGGUCAUGUGGCCAGCAUGACUAAGUCGCUUCUGGCGAAUCAGAGCAGCGCACGGAAACGCCGUUUACCUUCCCGCUAGAGCAAUACCUAUUUAUCUACUUGCACUUUGACGUGCUUUCGAACUGCUAGGUUGGCAGGAGCAGGGACCGAGCAACGGGAGCUCACCCCGUCGCGGGGAUUCGAACCGCCGACCUUCUGAUCAGCUAGUCCUAGGCUCUGUGGUUUAACCCACACGCCACCCGCGUCCCUAGAACCUGUUAUGAAGAAUGCAUAUUUUGGGGCCUAUGUGUUCAAGAGUUCUUUCUGCUGUUCUUUCUUUUUUAUCAGGAAAUUGUGAAUAGUAGUCCUAAUACAAUUUUAACUGUAGCUCCUUGGAAAAUAAACGUGAUGGACUGUGUGGAUGCUCUCUUUCACUAGGGCCCUGAGUUAGAGGAAUUGCACUGUGAUAAACAGGACAGGAGGAGUUCUCUGCUUCCUUCAGAAAGGAAGCCAGCUGAUGUAGCACAACGCAAAUUUUCAAUACAGUCACCGGAUCUAAAUGAGAACUUCGCUCAAGAGAAGAGCAGUGCGUCAGAAAGCGACGAAGAAGGUAAAUUGUUUCCAUUUCAUAAACAAAGUCCUUAAAACCUGGUCCCAGGAAGGGACAGCUAAAGUAAACAAAGGGUAAUGUGGAAGCAUGAAAUCCAUGGGUCUGCUGUACAUUUACGCCAUUUAUUUCCAGCAUAGGUAGUUGUUGAUAGGCGGGCCACUGUGACUAUGCUAGCAAUUGCAACUCUGCUGCUUGCAUCAGAUAAUGUCAUUGAAGUCUUAUGCACUCAAAGAAGCAUUGAUGAAAGCACAAAAACUGCAUUUAAAAACAAAGGUAGAGUAGCACUACCAACAACCAUUACACUAUUGUCCCUCUCUGCUGUAUUACUAACCCUGAUGUUGGCUUCUGAUGAUGCCCUCACAUUACUCGUUCAUCAUUUUAUUUGUACGCUGCCUUUCCAUUCUUAAAACUGUGCUCAAGUUGACUUGCAACAUAAAACAUUGCAUAAUUACAAGCUUAACAAAGGUAGUGGUAAAGGACCCCUGACAAUUAAGUCCAGUCGCAGACGACUCUGGGGUUGCAGCGCUCAUCUCGCUUUAUAGGCCGAGGGAGCUGGCAUUUGUCCGCAGACAGUUUUUCUGGGUCAUGUGGCCAGCAUGACUAAGCUGCUUCUGGCGCAACGGAACACUGAAACCAGAGCAGCGCACGGAAAUGUCGUUUACCUUCAUGCCGGAGCAGUACCUAUUUAUCUACUUGCACUUUUUGGGGUGCUUUCGAACUGCUAAGUUGGCAGGAGCUGGGACAGAGCAAUGGGAGCUCACCUCGAUUCAGGGAUUCGAACUGCCGACCUUCUGAUUGGCAAGCCUGAGAGGCUCAGUGGUUUAGACCACAGCGCCACCCAUGUCCCAUUAACAAAAGUAGUCAUGGGCAAUAAAUAAAACACAUCAGAAAGUUUUGCCAGUCUCAUUGCAUUCACACCAGUCUUCCCCAGCCUGAUGGCCUCCAGACGUUUUGGACUGCAACUCCUAUCAUCCUUGACCAUUGUCCAUGUUGGCUGGGAGGUGUAGUUCCAAAAACUGGAGAGCACCAGUUUGGGAAAGGCUGAUCCACACAACCCUCCCAACUCCAAUAAAUUUGAGUUACUGUGUUGCUUGGCUAUAUUGACAUAAAAAGUGAGAUUGGCAAAGACUGAAAUGUCUUGUUUCAAUAUUGCAUUUUGCAAAUGGUACAUCUGUCACUUAACGGUAUUAGUUGCCACAGAAAUCUGUUGCUUUGGAAUAUGGACAGUUUAUUUUUAACGUAGAUAAGAUUCGUGUUGCACAGGCAGGAAGGGUCUUUUUUGUUAGUACUUCUGAUUAUUUUUCAAAAAUGUUUGAAUGAUCUCUGAACUAAAAUGAAUAUACAGUGGUACCUCUGGAUACGCACAACUCUGGUUGCAUAUCCUUCAGGAUGUGAACCCGGCAAACCCGGAAGUAUUUUUCUGGGUCUCAUAGCAUGCGCAGAAGCGCUCUAUGUUCCACGCGCAUGUGCAGAAGUAGCACCCCCGGUUGCGAAUUCCUCGGGAUCCAACCAGAGCUCCGGAACGGAUCCCAUGCACAACCGGAGGUACCACUGUAUUCUAAAUGUAAGCAGUGUUCAGUUUUAGCUUUCACUUCAUUUUCGCAGCCAUCCCUCUAUAUACAGCUACGGUUUGGCAGUUUCUUAUGUCCUUAGUCUGAUGUUGGAGAGAGGCAUUCAAGGCUGGGCUGUCUUUGCUUCGAUUUGUUCAGUCUGUGGCUUCUUCCUUUGUAAAGACCUUCAGGAGUGUUGCUGAGAAACUUUGCCUUGACCAUGUGGUUGGGAGCAAUUAAGAAAAUAACCUUGUCCACACUGACAUCCAGGUGCUGUGUUUGGCCUAAGAUGAAAUGGUUAUAUUGCUAGUUACCAUGUGCAAGCAUUAGCUUUUGGUGUGCCCAGAUAAGUGCCACUUAGCUUUGACAUGCCAAAAGCAGAAUUCUGCACAUUCAGGCAGGUGUGUGCGACUGAUUAGCCCAUAGAAUCAUAGAAUCAUAGAAUCAUAGAGUUGGAAGAGACCACAAGGGCCAUCGAGUCCAACCCCCUGCCAAGCAGGAAACACCAUCAGAGCACUCCUGACAUAUGGUUGUCAAGCCUCUGCUUAAAGACCUCCAAAGAAGGAGACUCCACCACACUCCUUGGCAGCAAAUUCCACUGUCGAACAGCUCUUACUGUCAGGAAGUUCUUCCUAAUGUUUAGGUGGAAUCUUCUUUCUUGCAGUUUGGAUCCAUUGCUCCGUGUCCGCUUCUCUGGACCAGCAUACUGGGGGUAAAGGGAGUGAAAGGCUGCCUUGCAUUUCAACAGUCAUGCAAGUUAGUUUCCAAAAAGUACUAGGAAAAGCUUUUAAAUAUAGCUACGAAACACUCACCCCCAGUUAGCUGAAAUGAAGUGUUGUAUGCAGUGGUGUCUCUUUGCUGAAUGAAAGGCACUUUGAUCAAGCAGAAGCUGCCAUCAACAAAACAGCAAGGCAGUUUUUGCUAAUUUGCCUUUCAAUCUCCUCCAGUGCUGCAAAAACCCUUCAGAACAGCAUGGGAGGUGGUGCAGGGAAAGGGAGAAUCAACAAAAUCCACAAUUCCCAUUCUAUUGAUGAAAGCCUCUGCUAAAUCAAAGAGCCUUCUGCCAAUGAAGACCAUUUGAUACAAUCCAUAUUGUGUCAUCCACUGAAGGGUUAUUAGUGAAUACUGUUUUUUCCUACAUGAGUGCCCAUUGACAGGGAUCACAGGGAUAUAGGAAUGCAGUGAAUGUGCACAGGCUCAGUGUGUUCCCCAGGGGCCAUUAUAUAGGUCUCCUUUCUGCAAGCAGCUGAGCUUUUUAUAAGGGUAAGCAUUUUUUAAAAAAAAUGUGUAACCAAAACAGCAACAACCACCCAAGGAAUAUUAUUUGCAAGAUAAACACUGAACCUUGUCAGGAAACAUUUCCUUACCUUGUGGUUUGUUCCUUUUCGUUUCUAUACUGCAACACACCUCUCUGGCAGUGUGAGCAACUGCACAGAGCGAGUAAUUGCUUGUGAUUAGUGGGCUAAGAGGCAUAUCUCUAUAUUAAAGUCUCCAGUGACAUGUGCACCUUGUCAUUAUGAACGUACUGACAUUCUGUACCCUAGUACUUUUAAGUUUAAUUUCCUGAUUUUGAUUACAGCACAAAAGUGUUCUUGCCCCAUUCUUUGCUAGUUUGAAUAGAUAUACUUUUUUAGAUUCUAAAUGCAGUGAGCAUGACUCUGUAGCAGCCAGAACUGUAGAUCAUGUGGAAAAUAAAACACUUUUCAUUGUAUUCACUUGCAUUUAUCAUGUGGGUCGAUGUUUGCCUCUAAUUACCACGCCUGGAUAUUUUAGGAUAUUGCAGUACUUGUCUAUUGUUAGUAUAGAGAACAUUGCACCAUCUCAGAUUCCUCUCUGUGGUAUUUGCUUUCAGCAGUCAUUACUAUAUGGACUCCACUGCACAAGCACCACAUCUCAGUUUUGUACUGUAGUCCUGAUUUCUCUCAGUACUGAGAACAUGAUGAAGGAUACUCUUGCUCUUCUUUUCUUUUCUCCCCUCAUCACCAAAAUAUGUUAGGUCUGACUUAACUUUUACUUUACUUUUGGAGAAUGAGAAUCAAUUCAGUAGUUAUUUAUUCACUCUUAAAUAUUACACACAGUGCUGCUAUCAUGCCAUUGCCUAUAUUCCCCCUCACUGUGUGUGAAAACAAUACAAAACAUAUAAAACAUAAACAACAUACAGUGGUACCUCAGGUUACAUACGCUUCAGGUUAUAUACGCUUCAGGUUACAGACUCCGCUAACCCAGAAAUAUUACCUCGGGUUAAGAACUUUGUUUCAGGAUGAGAACAGAAACCGUGCUCUGGCGGCGCAGCAGCAGCAGGAGGCCCCAUUAGCUAAAGUGGUGCUUCAGGUUAAGAACAGUUUCAGGUUAAGUACGGACCUCUAGAACGAAUUAAGUACUUAACCUGAGGUACCACUGUAAUUGUAAUAAUAACAUCCUUUUUUAAAAAAAACACAAAUAUAUUACGGCCAGCCAUAUCAGUAUAAGUUUAUAAAUUAAGGCUACUGCCUAAAAACAAUACUUGAUAAUAAUAAAAAAGUUUUAAGAGUCCAUCUGAACACUACCAAGGAGUGGUAUAUCUUAGGGAAGGGAGUUUCAUAGCCAUGGAGCCGUUGCAGAAAAGGUCCUGCCCCCUGUCCCUGUCAGCUUAACCUUCCUUCCUGGUGGGCAAAUGAGGCAAGCCCUUGUAGCUGUUCUCAAAUCCCUGGCAGGUUCAUAUGGAUUUAGGCAGCCCUUUACGUAGCUUGAUUCCAUAUGCAGUACACUAUUGCUAAGGGCAUCAAAGGUAAUCACAGUACUUCUGAGCUUAAUUUCUCUCUGUCUCAGUCUCUCUCUCCCCAGCCAAGCUGAACUGGCAGACAUAAACCUAACAGAGAACAGAGAGUAGCAAUCCUCUUGCUGUUUAGCACAAGAGUCAGUUACCAGGUGUCAUUCUCUGAAAGUCUUGAGCCUUGGUGUAAGAUGAAGGAAAUGCUUCUUUCCUCUAACGCUUGGCAUCAUGUGUUGACAUACCUGCUUGUACACCUGCAUUGGGUGCGUUUAAGCUUUAUCUGUUCAUGUACGACUCUUCUUAUGUUCUUUGUAAGAUAGCAGAUUGUCUCACAAGUCUACUCUAGAGACAAUUUACUGUUCUAGAGUGGUGUACUAAAUUUGAAUUUUGCAAGAAAUGUUUGUUUUCCUUUGGGUAUGUUUUACUGUGUUUUGCCGCCUGUUUGCCUGACCUCUACUUUGUACACUUUCCCUCCCACAGAUGAGGAAACAUUCCCUGAGAGCGACCUCCAUGGAAAACUCUUUAUUAAUCGGGUUUUCCGCAUUGGUGCAGAUAGGCUGUUUGAAAUGCUUUUCACUAAUUCCCAUUUCAUGCAAAGAUAUUUUAGUACCAGAAACAUAACAGGUAAAGUAUUAUUCCUUUUAAAAUUUACAUUGAAAUAACUUUAUACCCUUUCAUGGAAAAAUCAGUUUGUUUAUUUGGGACCAAUAGGGUUGCCAUGUCGUUGAGGUUUCCAGACGUAUGGCAACCCUAGGGACCAACACACUGUGACGUGAAACCACAGUUUGAUGCUGGUUAUUCUUAUGAUAGUUUUCUCUGUAAAGUAAACACCUAGAAUUCUCUCCUUCCUUGAGAGCUUUUCCCACUGUAGAUGCUCCUUCUUUGCAAGUGGAUUCACCUUUUUCAAGAAGCAGUGAUGUAUUUUUGCCUGUAUCCCCUUCAACUGAUUCAUGAUUUUCUUGUCCUCUUGGGCUGCUACCAAAGAUGACAAAUUAUGUCACUUCUUCUCCCUUUGUAACAUGCAGUAAAACCUACUUCUUUCAUAUUGCUGUCUUUACCUACCCCAACUCCGCAUAAGUGGCCACCACUGGGGAGAACAGAGAAAUUUGCAACAAAAUGAUGUCAAGAAACAGAAAAGUCUUGCUAUAAAUUACAGAUGAUUGGGUUAUGGAGAGACCUUGACAUAGGCCAUCACUAUUGACAGUAGAUCCAAGCUCCUUAUAAUGUGUAGUUCUAUAGUUAAAUGGAUACAUAUUGCAACCAGUGACCAAAAACUCAUUAUUGUUUAUCAGAAAUGACUAUAUCUUGAUGGCUGCAUAUUUUAACUCAUUUUACACACAUGGAGAUGCAAGGCGUAAGACAAGUUACCUAUGAUUCCUGGGUAGUUUUGUUUCCUCCAGUCACUUUCAACAAGUUUAAGGAUUAAGAUGAUAUGUGUAAAUGGCUAGACAUGAUUGAUUACAUGUUUUGGGUCUAGAUGCUGUAACAACCCCUUGGAACAGAGACAUUGGAGGCAAUCAGCUGAGGACCAUGACGUACACUAUUGGGCUCAACAAUCCACUUGUUGGAAAAUUCACGACUGCCACAGAAAAGCAGGUACAAAACUCUGUUGGGGGUUAUUAGUUUAUGCCAAGUAUGGAAGUUGCCUAAAACACCAAGUUUGUAAAGGUGUGGGAUCCUAUAGCAAUGGCCAAAUGGGCAAAAUACGUAAGAACAAGAGGAAAGCUUAAUAAUGGAUCCAUUUUAUUGACAAGUGAGCAUGUUUUAUUGAAUUUUGUAGAUUCAAGUUAGUAUUGGUGUAUCUUUGUUUCAAAAUGAAGUAAAGGGUAAUAAUGAAAUACUUCAAUAAUCAAAUUAAGAAUACCUGUUUAAUAGUUUAUUUUGAAAUAGAUUAUCAUUUAUGUUUAUCUCAGCCUAUAUAUUGGCUGGGAUUGUACGUAAUACAGUCGUACCUCUAGAUGCGAACGGGAUCUGUUCUGGAGCCCCGUUCACAUCUAGAAGCAAACGUAACUAGCGACGGCACGUCUGCGCACGCUGCUUUUCUGCACAGGCGCGUGACAUCAUUUUGAGCGUCUGCGCAUGCACAAGCAGCGAAGCCUGGAAGUAAUGCGUUCCGUUACUUCCGGGUUGCCACAGAGCGCAACUCGAACGCGCUCAUCCCAAAGCAUGUUCAACCCGAGGUAUGACUGUACUAAGAUAGACCAUGUGUAAGUAUGAAUGAAUGAGUGUGCAGGUACUCACAGCAAAAAUCAUGGCCACUUUAAUUCUCCCCAUUCCUGCUACUUCUGUGCUUCCCAGGGCUAAACCAAGGUUUGGCUUAGCAUUAUAUUUAAACCUGGGCUGAUGGUUUGUCUCACUUCAGACGAACCAUGAGCUGUAGACAAGGUAUGUUCUUGGCUUCUCUGGGAGAGACAAACAUUGGUUCCGACAUAAGGCUAAGCUCCUUAUUUGUACUUAACCAUGGUUUGUCUUAGUCAGACGUAGGCAAAUUUGGCCCUCCAGAUGUUUUGGGAUUACAGCUCUCAUCCUCCCUAGCUAACAGGACCAGUGGUCAGGGAUGAUGGGAGUUGUAGUCCCAAAACAUCUGGAGGACGGAGUUUGCCUAUGCCUGGUCUUAGUGUUGCAUGCAAAGCAAGCCAUUGUGUGGUGACAUUUUAAGCAUGCUUUUGUUUCAGCUGUUUUAAGUUUAUUGCAAUAUGGUGAGGGGGAAAAUGUUUUUGCAUGCAUAAAAUCAUUAUUUAAAUUAUUUUUGAACUAUAAUCUUAAAAAAAUCUUCUUUAUUUUUUCUAAUAGGUCCUGCAUAAACGGAGCCACAAAGAUCAUUGCUAUCGGAUAGACACAGAGGUGGUGACACAUGAUGUACCUUACCACGAUUACUUCUACACCGUGUAUAGUUAUUGUAUUGUUCGCAUGUCCAGCCAGAAGUGCAGACUACGGUGAGGCAUUUUGCAUUGUUAAAUGGGGAAACUGGAGGCAGUCAAAAACGACUGCACUCAGUUUGGUAAAACUGGUUCUUCUGCACAAAUUUCUUUUGCACAAAUUCUCUUCCCUGUUUACUUUGGUAGUUGGAAAACGAUCUGUUGACAGAAACAGGCGUUUACUUGUUUCUUUGCUUCUAUUUUUGCCAGGGUAUUGAACAGACCUAUAAACAUGUGUUGUGAGCUUUCUCCAACUGCCUUUUCAGUAGAGUUCAUCAUCAGGUUACAGCUGGCAGUGUAAUCUAUAAUAGCCUUUUAAAGCCAGUGUGUGUGUGCACUCGAAAGUACAAUACUGUGUUCAGCAUAGACCAAGUCUUCUAUGCAUCUCCUCCUUUUGGCUACUGGCAUGGGUGAAGAAGGUGUUACCUAGUGACCAUGCCUUUGCCUCAUGUAAACAGCUUGUUGUUUUGAGCUGCAAAGACCGACAAAAUUGCUCUCAUAGUGGGUGGAAAAGCAUGCCUCUGUCCUUAAUGUUCCUUGUAUUGCAGUCAGUUGCUAACCUUAUUAUUCUUUUUGCUGCAGGAUCUCCUCAGAUGUGAAAUACAGAAAGCAACCAUGGGGGCUUGUCAAGAAUAUAAUAGAGAAAAACACAUGGGGUGGGAUAGGAGAAAACUUUAAGCAACUUGGUAAGUGCUGUGUCUCCUCCUUGCUGAUGAUUCCAAAUUGCAUUCAUAGCUGUGAUAUUUGAUAGCACUGCAUAGUUCUAUGUGGUGGUGCGAUUUGCAGGAUUUUCACAAGAAUUAUUCUUUAGAACAGCCUUGGACCUUCCCAGCUUUUAGAAACAGUUUAAAGACUGUUUCUUAACUUUAUUUAUUACCUUUUGGUAGCCUUCCAGCAGAUGUGUCUGCUCUUGAACACUGCUCAUGCAAGUAUGUGGAAUGACCCAUCGAGUACCAUUGGAAGAUAAGGUCAAAAAUGAAGCAUCAAAACUCGGCAUUAAGCUGUUCAUUUGUCUUUCAUAGUAUAUCUAUAGUGAUACCUCGGGUUACAUACACUUCAGGUUACAUACGCUUCAGGUUACAGACUCCGCUAACCCAGAAAUAGUACCUUGGGUUAAGAACUUUGCUUCAGGAUGAGAACAGAAAUCGUGUUCCAGCGGUGCAGCGGCAGCGGGAGGCCCCAUUAGCUAAAGUGGUGCUUCAGGUUAAGAACAGUUUCAGGUUAAGAACAGACCUCCAGAAUGAAUUAAGUACUUAACCCGAGGUACCACUGUACAUCGCAUCAUUAGAACACUGUUAUUUCACUUUCAACCAACUGUUUGUGAUAACCUGAAAGUAGGGCAGUAGCAGAACCUUAUUUAGGCUCUGAUAAAUUAUUUCCCAUGCACUGCAGUAAAGCAUUACUUGUUGCAGGUAGACCAGCCUGCUCAUUUUUAUGUAUACUAAUAAACUGCCUGGUGAAUGCAGCCUUGCUCACUGUUGGUUUCCCCACUCCCUUUUUAAAUAAGGCCAGCACCUGAUACUGUUUUACUGGUUUGUCUCUCCACGUGACGUCUUGAAUGUAACAUUUGGGUUUCCCAAUGCAUCAUGUGCUUCCUCCCCCCCCCUCCAGUCAAAGACUGCCUUUCAAAUAUCCUGGAAAAUGUCAGUAUAGAGUGUUGUGAAUUUCUGAGUGAAAAUAAAAUGAAAACUGAGUAAGAAAUAGGAUGUUGUUCCAUUGCAGAAUCGGAAUUGCUAAUGGAAGAAUAUGAAAUAAACAAACCUGUAGAGGAUCCAGUGAAACUUGGUGUUUUGAGGAGGAGGAGGUGGACUUUACAAAGGAAUGUGGGAGAGAUACUUCCUAAACGUUCUUCACAGUACUCUUCGGGGGAGACAGGUGCACCUUCCCGUGGUGAUGGAGGUGGGUACUACAAGCAGGAGUAUUGGUUUUGACCAUUAACUUAAGCCAAAGGAAUUCCAGGGAUGUGCUCGCGUGAGAGCCAUGCAUUAUAUAGCACCUCUGCAUAGCUCAUUCAGUUUCAUUGCCUCUCCAAAUAUGGCAUCUCUGAGGUACAUGCAGGCUGGUACAGUCAACACAAGGGUGGUGGUGUUGCAGCUCACACACAGCUCCUAUGCAAAGUUGUGCCUUUUCCCGCAGGUACUGUCUCCAAUGCUUCCAGGUUCAGUGCUAUAGUGCUGAAUUGUCGGUGUAGGAAUUGGCUGCACAGAGAUGCCUUUGGAAUUAUUAUUAUUUUUUGAAAUAAUUUUUUUUUGAUUUUACAAAUAUAAAAUUAUAACAAUACAAAAUGCAUAUCCAUAUUUGGAAAUUCCUCCGAAACUCUGUACUUCCCACCUUCCCUGCCGUGGAUCCUAUUGUCUACCUUUUCAACUGCAUAUUAUUCAGUAAUCCAUAUUUUAAGUCGCUCCAUUUUGUCCAUAAUAUUUGCUACAUCACAAGUGUUAUUGCAAUCCUGCUAAUGUUUUCAUCUGCCUACAAUGGUCUCCCAGAUAGGUUACAAAUUUUCCCUAUUCUUUAUUAAAGUUUUGGUCUUCUUGGUUCCUGAGCUUUCCAGUCAGUUUUGCCAUUUUGGCAUAUUCCAAUCAGCUUAAUUUGCCAUUCUUCCCUGGUAGAGACUUUGUCUUCUUUCCAUCUCUGGGCUAAUAACAUUUAUGCGGCUGUCGCUGUAUACAUAAAAGGUCUUUUCUGGUCCUUUGGGAUACUGGUACCUACAAUUCCUAAUAGAAAAGCUUCUGUUUUUUUUUUUAAUAAAAGUUAUUUUAAACAUUAUUUUUCAGUUCAUUAUAUAUCAUUUCCCAGAAUGCUUUUAUUACCUUACACACCCACCACAUAUGAUAAAAGCUGCCUUCUUUUUCUUUUGGAAAUUUCUUUAAGACUAGCUACCCGUUUUUACAAAGCAUCCUAUUGGUAAAUACAGUGUAUUUUAUUUUACUUUGCAAAAAAAUUGAUUCACAUUUCAGAAUGUCUCAGAUUCAUUUGUCUUCAGCUACUUAAUGUGUGCUUACAGCUACAUUGUGGGAUCUGUGCAAAAUAUGCAGAUUUCAGGACAGGGUUGAUUGGACCAGUUUUUUUUUCCCUUUCCAGUUUGCACAACCGUGUAUUUGAGAUUUAUGUUCCAAAUGUCAUUCACAAGACACUACUGGAUGACUUUCAUUAUUUAUGCCUAUGUAUGUGUUAGUGUUUUCCUUCAAUCUUCUUACCAUCUAAACCUUCUUUUGAAAUCAGACUUAGUUUUAUUUAAUUUCUGGGAUAUUGAAACUCAUCUUGUUGCACAAUUGCCCUUUCAAAAUUCCAUAUGCUAGUCAAUUGCAUAUGAUCAUGUACUGGCUGAUUUAGAAGAUAAAUGACUAUUUUGAGGAACAUAUGGCACAGUUUAGUGUUCCAAGAAGGGUGAAUGAACUAAACGAAGCAACUUUAAAUGAGUCUAAACUGCUAAUGCAUAGCUUCAUUCAAGGAAAGAUAAGACAGAGAAAAACAAUACAGAGUGUGCUGCAGAAACCUUAAAACUGUUUGAUCCCUUUCAUUAUUUUAGUAGUUUUAAGCUGCCUCCUAGAUUUUUUAAUCAGUCCACUCACUGGUGCUCCAGCUUCUCAGAUGAGAGUGUUUGUGUCAAUACAUACACUGCAAUUAUAAUGCAUACUUGCAUGGCGGAACACGAAAUCUGAAUUUUUAAAAAGGUUUUACUCAGUGUUAUACUAAGUGAUGUGGGGAGGGGGUGGCCAAUUCAGUUUCAGCGUAAAUGUAUACACUCUUAACUUUAAUCGCAUCCCUUACCCUUAGUGGCUACAAAAAAUAUUGUACUCAAAUAUUUGUCAAGAUAAUGGCUAUUUGUUUUAAUGGCCAUGGGGAUGAAAGAAAAUGAGCUCAUGAAGUGUAGUAGAAACUGGUGAUCAAGAGAAACCUAAGUUGACAAGUGAAAGAGAACAUUCAGUGCUGAUGUCAUUCUGUAAGUCUAGUGUGUGCUUCAUACCUGACCUUAUCUUUAGGGUGGCAAUCAGAUGAUAAGUCCAACUGCUAAUGUCAUGGGUGUGUUCUGAUCUAAUGCCUAACCUAGUUUGUUACCCUGGUUUGUAUGCAAGCACCAGCCCUAGUUUGCCUGUUUGGACAAAAAAGGCAAAUUAUGGUUUGCUGCAAAUAACAAAAAGGAGGACAUCUUGGUGUGCAAGUGAGGAGGAGUAUGUUGACCAGCCAGAGGCUUACCAGCACUAGUUGUAGAACACCAGAGUAUAGAAAUAUCCUAUGUGGGUAUCACAUGAUUUCCUGGUUCUGAUUUGUGAAAACUAGUUGAGUGUGUUGCCGAUGGAAUUUAUCUUUGGUCAUAAAUUUCUUUCUGUAGCUGAUGCAUGUUUUACUUUUCCUGGUCUCCACACGCAUCAGGAUAUAUUGGAAUGCUGCUUGGGAUGAUUAGAUGGUUUUUCUAAGUCAGUGUCCUAAAGUAGCUUCCCUUACUGCCACCUCUGUUAGCGAAUUGUGUACUUGUGUGGUAUCAGAACUGUGUGUAGGUCUCACCUGUAACUUCUGGCAGAGGGCCUCAUUGUGUAACCAUGAGAGAGAGAAACCAGCUUACCGGGACGUAGGCUGGAAUUGUGAGCAAAGGCAGGUAGAAGAUUGGGCAGUGGACAGGUAUGUGCACAAGGCGGAAUCAAUCUAUAUGCAGCAGCCAUCAUGGUAGAAUUCUGAGAUUAAUGCAAGACUAUUCUUACACUAAAAGUCUGCCUAUUACAUUGUAGUGGUAGAUGUUUCAGGCCCUUUACGACUCUGGAGGAGCUUCCAUUGCAACAAGAAUAUCUGCCUACCGUACUUCUUGCUGUGCAUGUCAAAUAAACACACUCUACAUUAAAUUUGUAUUUUGAUUGCAAACAUGAGCAGCAUCUUUCAGUUCAGACAAGAACCAGAGCUGCUCCACCAUUGAGAAGGGGUGGGGGAAAGUCUUCAGAAAAGAUGCACGUUCAGGUGAAGUUAAUCUAGUUUAAGAAGAUGGAUAAAGAGACUUAAUAGUUGCUUUUCUUGCCUUAUAGGACCAAAAAGGAAUGCUACAAAUAAGACCAUCACCAUCAUAGUGGUAAUGAGCAUCUUGUAAGUACUUUUUUGGCAUUUAAUUUGACUUCAUUUUUCUUAUGGCGAAACAUAUUGGGGAAAACAUUUUUCCCUGGUGGCAUUUGAGUGAAUUUCAUGGAGGUUGAUUUUGCAGAAAGGAGCUUUCCUAAGCCAUUGUCAAAUUAAUCCCAAGUUGCUCACAUUUUUAACAUGCAGGAUACUGACAUAUAGGUGCAAGUGAUGAAUUGGCUUCAGAGGAAACAUAUCCUGGUCACAAUACACAUAAUCCUUUGCUGGUUUGGCAGGUGGAGACAGGGAGUCAUCCUGACUCCCAGAAUCUUUCUGUAAGAUUAUAGGGCAGCCUUCCUCAACAUGGUGCUCUCCAAAUGUUUGGGGGAGGAUUGCUUGGAGCUAGUCCAAAACCCAUGGAAGACACUAGCUUGAGGAAAACUGGAUCAAUGAAAGUCAGGGACCCUCUCUCAUCCUCAUGUUUUCAUCCCAGUGUGUCUGCAUGCAACUCCAGCUCCCCACCCCCGCUAAUGAUUUUCACAUAUAUUGUGACUGUAUGUGCAGCAGGAAUGGGGGAGAAUUCAAUUCAGUUCGCAUUUAGAAUGGAAUCUUCCUAAUCCACACCUUCUGAAACAAUCUGAGAACUGAAACACAGCCAUUCCUCAAAAUUCAAACUUCUUCACAUCUUACAGUACACUUGUCCAGCUAAGUAACGGGUGCAAAAAUGCAAAUACUGGGGGGGUGAAUUAAAAUGCAUAUAUUCAUGAAAAUAACAUACAAAAAUGCAGUAUGUUAAGGGAAAGUGCUCUGCAAAAAUGUGAAUAUUAGCAAAAAUGGUAAAAGGUAAAGGUAAAGGGACCCCUGACCAUUAGGUCUAGUCAUGGUCAACUCUGGGGUUGCCGUGCUCAUCUCGCUUUAUUGGCCGAGGGAGCCGGCGUACAGCUUCCGGCUCAUGUGGCCAGCAUGACUAAGCCGCUUAUGGUGAACCAGAGCAGCACACGGAAACCCCGUUCAUCUUCCCACCGGUAGAGGUUAAGAUGAGAGCUUGUGGACUAGCCUUGAUCUCCCUGGUCUAAUGUAGCUUGAACAAUGCCAAUGCUCUCUCAUGCUAGCUCUCUUUUCAAUACACAUUUUAAAAUGAGAAUAUUAUAAUUUAUUUUGCCCAGUGAAAAGUCUUCACCAUCUUGCCAAGGUUGACAUGAAGAUGAUCUUUCCUCUCUAAUCUUACAUGCUUUUCCCUACUGGGGUAGUCUCUGUAGCAGGGGUGGGGAAUUUGUGGUGUUUUACUGCAGCUUCCAUUGGCCCUGACCAUUGGGCAUAGUGGCUAGGGCUGAUGGGAUCUGGAGUCCAGCAGCCAUCUGGAGGGCCACAGUUUCCCCAUCCUUGCUGUUUAGCCUCUUAACUACUGUGAUGCUAGAAACAUGAAACAGAAAAAAUGAUAAAAACAGCCUGGUUUCUUUCUUUCUUUGCAGCUUGCUCCUACUGGUUUUGCUAAAUGUGACGUUGUUCCUCAAACUGUCCAAGAUUGAACAUGCAGCUCAGUCGUUUUACCGUGUUCAGCUUCAGGAAGAAGGAUCUGUAAAGUGAGUGGAUUUCUGCCCACCCCACCCUCAUGUUCAACUAUGCCUCAUUUGUCAAAUAUAAGAUACCAAAACAAAGCAAAACAAAAAAAGUUUUGCUGACUUCACAUUACAGAGCUGGUGUAGUUUAGAGCAGGGGUCGGCAAACUUUUUCAGCAGGGGGCCGGUCCUCAGACCUUGUGCGGGGCCAGACUAUAUUUUUUUGGGGGGGGGGGGAGAUGAACGAAUUCCCACAAAUAACCCAGAGAUGCAUUUUAAAUAAAAGGACACAUUCUACUCAGGUAAGCCAUCCCCCCCCACGACUCUCCCCUCCCUUCUCCACAGCACCGGACGAACCCCAGUGGCUGCUUACCUGUGUCUUGCAAGCAGCAGGGGCUAGCAGCAGUGGGAUAGUGCGAAAGGGCUCCAGAGAGGGGCUGGCAGCAACAAAGCCUGAAUUGAGCCUGCUUACAAUGGCGGCCGCUCGAGAGCUAACGCUACUACUGCUGGCACCAACAAAUCCCAGCCACCUUGCUCUCUGCUCUAGGCAGGGCAGGGAGAAGCCAGGAGAAGGGAGGGAGGAGGCGCCGCCAAACACACGCACUGGCACAGCCUGAACGAUCAGAUCCACGCGGCGAUUCAUGGACCAUCUGUGGGCCAGAUCCAGAAGGCAACUGGGCCGGCUCCGGCUCCCGGGCCUUAGUUUGUCUACCCAGAGGCUAAGAGGGCCAAGAAGCACCAACUUCAAAUCUCACUUUAGACACCAAUGCAUUACGUGGCUUUUGGGGAAGCUGCUCAGCCUGUGUUUUAUGACCGGAAUGGGGAAUAUUUUUCAGUCCAAAGGCUGCAUUCUCUUAUGGGGAACAGAGGCAAAAGUGGGUGAAGCAACAAAUACAAUUCAUUCAUUUGUACAGUAGGUAAAUUCAGAGGUGUCUAUAAACACUGUCCAGGCAAUUAAGACAUUAUUACAAUUCAGUUCAAGGACACAGUCCAGCCAUGCAAGAGCACCUGAGGAGGGCAGGGGCGUAGCGUGGGAGUGGGGGCUGUUGGGGUAAUUACCCUGGGUGCAUUGGGGGGAGCGCUGCUCACACUGCCCUCCCUGAGCCAGCCCUGCAGUGUUUUGCAAGGCUGGGAUCUGAUCGGAAAACAUGUACAUAGAUCAUGGUAGUAAUGUGUUAAUUAGGCGAAAGCAAAGUAAAGAAUGGGACUACAUUCUUUAAGGAUUGUAAGGCAGCAACUUAUCCCUGCAUUUUCUCUUCUCAGUUUAGCCUUUAAUGUGGCAUCAAGAGAAAAAACUCACCAGCAGGACAAAGAUCAAGUCCAGCAUGUCAAAGGAGUGCUGAGGGACUCCAUAGCAUUGCUUGAACAGGUGGGUGUUGCUGUUUCUAUUAUUUGGUCCCCGUACAUGUGAAAACGAAACGUGGGAUGUGUGAAAAGAUUAGUGCUUUGCUAAUAAAAGAAUUAAUAAAUCACUUCCAUAUUUGGAUGCUAUGGCCUCAGGCUUUCAGGUAUUAACUAGUGAGAAUGGGAUACAAAAAACUGAUUGAGAUUGCUUGAGAAAGAGAAUAUUAAUAUUCAAGAGCUUGAGAUAAUUCCAGGGCUGCUAUGAAUAUUUAAGAACUAAGGAAGCUUUGAAGUUUAAGAUUUGCCACAAUGUAUGUUUGUGGCAUGUGUGCUAAUGAAAUGGAACAAUAGUAAAGGUGACCAAGAGACAGUACUCCUUAUUAAAAAGAACUUUCUUUGCAUCCCAGUAAAACUUACAAAGGAAACAUGUCUUUAAAAACUAUAUUAUUUAAAGAAUUGCAAGUUCUACUGAAUGAAGCUCAACAACCUCAUACACAUAUUUCAGAUUUGGUAAGAUGUAGAUUAGAGAAUGGGCUUAAUUCUUUUAUGUAUGAAAGCAGACACAGUAUGAGAAAACCCAUGUCACUCUGUUGCCCAUAGGUACUUCAGAGUAGAUUCUGCUGCUGCUGCAAUCAUAGAAUCUUAGAGUUAGAAGAGACCAACUCUAGUCCAACCCCCUGCAAUGCAGGAAUCUCAGCUAAAGCAUCCAUGACAGAUGGCCAAUCAAUAGACAAUUUUGAAAAAUGAUUAUGCUUGUUGUUACAUGUUACAUACAACUAAGGGUUCUCAGGUUUCCACUAGGACAUCUCUAGGUGGGUUGUCCUCUAGUUCAUUUCUGGCAUUCAAUUUAAGUAGAUCUCUUAUGACUUGUGCCUAGUUGUUUGGGUUCCCAUCCCUUAAAAUACAGUUGCAGUUCAUCUGUAGUAAGCACUCUGUUAGUACAUAACUAUUAGUGUGGGGCAGGGUUGGCAACACAAAGCAGCAUUUUUGGGCAGCCUCCCAAGUACCAAGUGCAGCUGAUGCUAUUUACACUGCUGCCCUGACGCCCAUUUUCCAGAGCCCAGUGAACACUGGGUCACUGCCAUUUUAGUUGCCCACAAUCAUCCAAAGUUGACAUUACCACUCAGUCACAUCAUAAGCAAUUACAAUGGCAGCCGUCUGGCACUCAUUUUCGGUACCCGAAUACCUACCUGUCUGGUGGAAAUAAAUAUGAAGAGAAUAGACCACGUAAUCCCAUGGGGGCACCAAAAAGGGAAGGCAGCCCAUAGUGAGGGUCCCCUCAAACCUGGAGCUGGUUCUGCUGAAAAGUAAUUAGAUCUCUUUUUAGAAACAAUUCACUGCCUAAUUCUUGUCGGAUUUUAUUUCUGUAGCUGAAGAAUUCCCUUUCUAUGCUCCAAAGUAGCUUUGAUCACCUAAACAAGACCGACAGCAGGAAGCCUGAAAGCUGAUGUCACCAAAGGAGAAUGAAGAUAUUUUGUAUUGAAUGUGAAGCUGCUUAUUUUUCUCACAUUUCUGCUCACAACCACUUGCACACCUUAGAAAUAUAUCUAUAAAAUGUGUUCGUUUUUAAAGCCAUUAGCCUGUGAAUUCUCCUGAUCCACUUGACAUCUUCUUGUGAGCAGUUCCCUGAACUGUGAAUACCUGGUGUGAAUGAGUAAGAACAUUGUGUGGUCUGGUAAUUAUGUGAUAUGCAAAUUGUAGGGGGAGAAUUCAGCAAGCAAUGUGAUCUGUAAAAAAAGUAAAAAGUAAAAGUAAAUUGGACUCACAUCUGAUGAGAAAAUCAUCAACAUUAUGAAGGAUGCAGCAUAGAUUAUCUUGUGGAGCUUGUAACACCCAGAAGUUCUCCAUAUGGUCUUUUUCCAUAUUCAUGCAACAAUUAUUCAAAAGUAAGCAAUUUUAAAGGUCUGUACAUAUGUUCUAGAAAACUAUUUAUAAAUCUGAAUUUUGAACAUACUGAUUGUUUUGGUUGUGUGGGUCUUCUGCUGUACGAGUCAAAGCAAUUCUACCUCUUUCUACCACUGUCAUUUCAGCUCUCAAGAUUUCUCAGGAAUUGUCCUUAUAUGUCAGAGAAUUAUAUUCAAAAAAUGGCCAGUCCCUGAAUAUUUUUAAACGGCAAUCAAUGCAUUAAUCUGACUGGCAUGUUGAGUCCAUUGAGACUUUUUCUGAUUUUAACAUUCUACAGUCUUCAGGCCUGGGAAUCCACUUGUCUUUUGGUUGUGUUAUAUCUAUUUUGUAGCACAGACUAAGACCUUAACUGUGUGACACAAGAUGGGAAUCACCUUUAUCUGCUAGAGUUAAGAACAAGCUUGUAAGCCAUUGAAGAACAAUAGGCUUUCUAAAGUAUACUUCUGGAAGAGUAGAAUGAAGUAGAAUGGUAGUGUGGCACAAAUAAAAUUGUGCCUCAUUCUGGCUGUGCUGGAUAUGUAUGUCUAGUAAAUGGAACUGACCAUGUUUGUGACUUCUAUUUUGGGGUUUCCACUUGACGUUCAUCAAAAGUGCCUUUAUACUUGUUCGUAUAGGAAACCAGCUUUAGCAGAUGGACCUAACCAGGAUUAAAAAAAACCAAGAAGGAACUACUGUUUAUGUACAGUGCAGACAGAAAUGUGUGGAAGCAAUUUGUGUCAAACUACUACGUGUUUUUGUAGUAUGUGUGUCUUUUUAAAAGCAUAGGCAUUGAAGUUAUAAAUUACUAGUCAGAUUAGAGAUAAAUGAAGGCCGUUUCUGUGAUGUCUCUUUACUUCUGAUGUCUUGUGUGUUUUUUGUACUUGAAAGGAACACCACACUGAUAAUUUUAUAUGGUAAGAAAAUGAAGUUGAAGGUUCUGUAUAUAAUACCCGGAGAAUUAUGUUAACCUUUCUGUGAAUAAAUAUGAGAGGAUCUAU